AUGGGCUUGUUUUGGGCUUGUUUUCAUAGAGCUGGUUACUUGUUUCUCUCACGGGAUAUGGCAACACUGCACAGGACCUGUGCGCAGUUUCCUGUACUCUCUCAUCAAUGUCGAAGGUAUGUGUUUAUUUUCUCUCCACAUUUCUCUUAAAAACAGAUCCGUAAUGAAGUUUAAAGUCUUGGUAAGGACGGCUGCUGUUGUUUUAAUCCGACUCUCCGCAGAAUUUCCGUGUUUCCGUCAUAAACUCUCCGGUCGUCGGUUAGAAACAGCUUUUCUGUUUUUCGGUCUCUCAACGCUCGCUGCAAAGUUCGCCAUCUUAUCUGUCAGUCAUUAACCAAUAGCUGCACUAGAACAGGGUUUAAACUACAGACUGUCUGGUUUUCUCUGUCCGCCCAUGAGCUAAAGCGGGAAGUACCGAAGUGAGUGACUCAUCUCAUGAUUUUUCUCUGGCGUGGAGCUCCCAGUUUGACUGUGAGUUCUAGUUCCAGUUACUGAGAGGGAUGUGGUUUUAUGAUGUGGACUGAAGACACUCUCUGUGAGUAUGCAGACUCUAAUAUUGGACUUAUUGCUCAUUUCUUAUUGAGGACUGAAAAUGUUUGUGCUCUGAAUGAACUUUUUAAGGUUUGAAAAACAAAACUGUGGCCUGAACAGGGUCGGUCUGGACCUGAUUCCAGUCCAGUCUGUUAGGACACAGGGUUAGAUUAGGGGUCCUCACAGGCUGCUGCUCUGUCAGAAACACUUUCACUUUGAGAUCAGAUAUGUAAGGGGAUUUUUGCUUGACUCAUUUAACAUAUAGUAUUAGUCAUGAGUCCAGAGAAAACUUCAAACAUCAGUUUUUGUUCUUGGUCAAAUGACAGAAAGUCCUUGUUCAUCCUCCCUGCAUUUAUUAUUAAAAGUCUGAACAGAUACAGCAGGUCAGCUCUGAAUCUGAAUCUCCUGCAGAAGAUCUUCAACUCUGAAUCAACAUUGAAGUCAGGUCACACCUGUGUGAUAAUAAAGGGGGACUUUUGAACUUCCAUCCUGACCAGCCUGAACUCAAAGAAUCUCAUUGGUUCUGACUUUGGACAGGUCAUAGAGUCGUUUACGUUGUUGUCUCUGAUAAUACUCUGUAUCUAAAGUCCUUCAGCUCAGUCCUGGAAACAGAUUAUUGACUUUAGAGAAAGUCUUCCUGGACUCCUGAAUCAUCAGACUCAGUUCUUUGUAGCAGAAGUGAAUAUUUCUGAACUCUUAACAGGGUUGAUGUGAAAUCAGGGGAUAGAAACUAGAUUCAUGUUUGCAUUCAUGUUUUGGACUUUACUGUUAUUGUAGUCAUCUUAAGACUUCUCUCAGAGCAGUGAAACAUCACCUGCUGUUUUUUUAGUGAAGUGUGACAGUCUUCAUGGUACAUCUGAGGUUCCUGAUUUCAGAGCCUCUACUCUGGUUCCUCACUGUCCCUCCUCUGUGAAUUCUUUAGUGGAUAAUAUUCAGCUCAGGCAGACAGUUAAUAAUUUACUUUAUUGAAGCUUUUAUCACAGCAGUUAAAUCUGCUGGGCUAUAAAUAAGUUCCUGAAUGUUCAGAGUCUAAAAGCUCUAUAAUAAAGGGUCAAACUGAAAGUUUCAUUUCUGCAGCGAUCUCUAGAAUCUAAACCUGUUUUUAAAACCAGUUUCUCCAGAACAGUCUUUGUUUACCUAAUCUCUCUGGAUGAUUAUAAUAAAUACAAAGAAGACACAUCUAAAAAUGUCACUAGGCUCUAUUAUUUCAGAUACAACAGUCAGAUGAUUUUUUUUAAUAUUAAAAAGAGGAAACUUUAUUCUCAACAGAUAAAGGUCUCUAAAAUCUCCUGGUAGACUUUCGGCUGCAUUGACUCUGGACUUGAUCAAACUCAGUUGACCAACAGCAGCAGAUGACAGAACCCCUCAAACUUCCUGCUGGACUUCGAGCAAUUUGGAUUCUGGACCUCUUUGAUCUUCCUCCAGACUCUGGGACCUUGAUUUCCAGGACUUUGAUUUUCAAAUGAGAUUCAGUGAACUUUCCCUGAAUCUGCCUCCAUACAGCUCUCUGAGAACAGACGGCCUUUACAACAAUGACCUUCUGUGAAUGAACAGAGUGUUUAUAGUUUUUGAAUACUGAUUAACUCAGAGUCAAAGACUUUGAACCAUGUUGUAUUUUUGUGAUGCACCCACACUCCACCUGUCUGAAAGGACCUGUAUUUCAUUUGUCUGUGCCAGUGAACCUUUCCAAACCAUAAAUCAACAUUUAAAAGAGAAAGUGAAAACUGAGGAUGACUGCUUUCCUGAGCUGUUUGUAAUUCCUAUUUUUCUUUGUUUCCAGAUGGUGUCGUUGUUUUGGAUUUAUAUUUCGUCUUGUGUUAAAUCUCAGUCAGAGGAUGUUUUCAAACCAAAACUGUGAUCCGGAUGAAGAAAUGAUGCUCGAAACAAAACUUUGGCUCCUUUUGACGGUAAAAAAAUCCCUCAUGUAUCAUUGCUCAUUUUACUGUCAUGAAUUUGGAAGUUUUUUGUUUUUGUCAUUUCUUCCCUGGAGAGUUGGAGUAUUUUUCUGGUCAUGAGACUCCAGCAGCUGAUCAUCAGCUGCUGGAGUCUCAUGACAUGAGGGGGGUUUGAUUGAAAAAGAUCUUAUAACACUCAGUAUUUACAGGAAUGAUUCUCUGUCUUUCACAGAUUUGUACGUUGAAAAUCUUCACAGGUCAAACCCUCACCUGUCAUCGUACAGAGUAUCAGAUUGGAAAUGAGUGCUGUCCAAUGUGUGGCAUCGGUAAGACCCGUGAUAUGGUGGAUAAAUAACACCAAUGAGCUUUAAUAAUAUGAGCACCUGUCUAAAUUAGAUAUAUCGUAUACCAAACCUGAGCUGGUAAGACAUGCUCUUUACGUAUCAGUCCUCUAACAUCAUGUCUCUAUAGUCCCAGGAGGGACCAGAACAGUGCUUGUAUCUUUUUUUUGUUGGCAUGUAUCAAAGAAAUUCGAGGAUUAGAAAAGUCUGGGACUGAUAAUACGAAAGAAGCAAAGAGAUGUGAGUUUUGCAGACUGGUAAAGGGAUUAACACUGUGUCCCUGUGUGAACUCAGCCUGUUAUAGGACUGUAUGCUUACACUUUAAGAGACAGAUAAGAUAUGAAGUGGGGAAAAUAUGAUCAACAGCAAAUGUUUACCAGGUCACAUAGAGCAGCUUUGUUAUUUAAAAGAAAACCUGAGUCUUUGUAAUCAGAGAUGAGUUUUACCUCGUCUUCAGAUCACUGGAGUUCAAUUACAGAAAAGAUGGACCUUCAAACAGUCUCUGAAAGGAGCCCUGACACAGAUCACAGACACGAACUCAAACAGGCAAAGAAAACCACGUGACUCAGAUUCCUGCCGACUGCCCACUGCCCAGCAACAAUCACUCCUGUGUUUGCGUGCUUUUUUUCAGUACCCUUAAGUAUUAAAUCCAGUAACAAUGCCCCUUUUCAUACAGUCAGCAUUCUUAAUCCAAAAUCACACUUAAUACCGUUAAACUACCAGUAAAUACCAUAAAACUAUACACAAGAACCACCAAUAAAAUAACACAGCUCUGUCUCAUGCAAAUCCCUUCAAAGUUGUAUAUCUUUCAGACUCAUAUAGUCUAAUGUUGACAUAAUAGAGGCAUUUUCUGUGUAUUAUCGGUCAUUUCGCUGUUUAGAUUUUAAGAUGGAGAGAAUGAAGCUGAUGAUUAUUAUUAGCAUCAGGUCUGAAAAGUGUCUCCUGAUUUCUAUUUUUACUGAGUAUUUGAGUGUUUUGGAGAAAUUGUAAAAGGAGGCUGCAUCAAGAUUCAGAGUUCGCAGUUAGAUUAGCUUUGAACACAAAAAACUGGAAGAGUUACAAGGGUUGUGAUCAUAGACUGUAUAUAGAAUGGACAGCGUCUGCCGCCUCGCUGGGUGAAGCCACCAUGAGAACAGCACCCUUUGGUGACGGGCUGUAGUAUAGUCAUAAAUCCUGCCUCCUCCAGCAAUACCUAUGCAGCUGUGGACAAACUUAAGAAUUUUAUUACACAGAAUAUACAUUCCCCCCCCCCCCCCGGUUGCGAUGUUGACAUGUAGUUACUGUUAGACUGGUUUGUGCUCAAGUCCUCUUUUUUUCUGUACAGCUCAAUUUUUAAAAGUUAUUAGGGGGUUCAUGUUUUCUAUGAUUGACACUUGAUACAGUCUAUGGGCGUACGAAGAUUGCUUAGCUCACCUGGGGGAUUCGCUGUUUCAGCUGAGCAUCAUCACAGCGACUCUCUGCGACUCUCCUGCUGAAUGCGCACAAUGCUACUGCGCAAGUGGUGGAAAGCGUAGAACGGGACUGUGCAAUGUUGGUUUCAGGAAAUGUAGAAAAACUCGGAAUUACUGAGAGGUUUUCGGUUUCAAACCCGUAUACCAGCGGAAGGCAGGAUCAAGUUGUUCAUAGUAUAUACAGUCUAUGGCUGUGAGCUGUUGUCGAAACUUUAAACUGAUGAGAUCUUUCUUUGUGAGUUUAUUAAUCGCCCAAAGUCAAUCAGUCAGUCAUACAGAGGGCUGUUCAGUCUGCAGAGGGAGAGAGAGAGAAGGACAAGAUGACACAAAGCUUUCUUUUGUAGCAUAUACUGAGUUACUGUUUGGGGCUGAGUCAAAGUGUUGCUGGUAAACAUAAAAUUAAACAUGGAAAACAUGAUCAUUUAAAUAGGAAGUCUCAGCAAAAGCAGAAUUUAGCAAAGAGGAAUAAGCUGCACAACAUGUUCCCAUUACAAAGCACAUUUUUGCAGAUGUAAAGAGUGAUACUGAGGUGGUCAGCACUGCGUGAUCAGACAACAGUCUGUCCUCAACUUGAUACUUUUACUGAGCGAGCCAACAUUGUUAUUUAUUCUAACAUGGGGCCUUAUCACUGUGAGAAACAUGAUUAUCAGAUGAUUCAGGAUAAUAUCUGUCUCCCCAGGUUCACGAGUGAAGACAGACUGUGAGGCGGACAAAAGUACAUCAUGCCAACCGUGCGCAGAGGGGACGUUCAUGAAUAAACUGAAUGGAUUAAAAAAUUGUUUUCCUUGUUCAAAUUGUGAUGCAGGUACAUUAUUUUUAUAACUUUUCAUUGGUUAAAACUUUUUCUUUUUGGUGAAAUGGCUGACAGUUGUCUUUCUGUUAGAAAACAGCAGCUGUUAUCAGCUGAGACCACUCACUUCCUGUCGUAGUGAAAACAAACAUGAGCUACAGUGAAACAUGAAUUUUUCUACAUCCAAAAGUUAAAAGAGGACAGAGAUUUGUGCAGAUAUUUUUUCAUUAAUUCAGAGGGGGUGAAGUUCAGCUUGUUGCUGUUUAAUUGCAUUGGUUAAAGCUGAGUAUGUCUGUAUCUAAUCUGUCUUUGUUUGCAGGUUCUGGUUUGAGGAUAAAGCGGCGAUGUACAAAAACAUCAGACACAGUUUGUGAACCUCUGGAAAGAUUUUUCUGCACAGAGCCUGUUGAAGAUGGAUGUGCAGAAGCAAAGAAACACACAAUCUGCAAAGCAGGAUAUUUCGCCAGUCAGAACGGUUGGUUUCAUGAGCUGGUUUAAGAAUAAAGUAUUUUAAAUUCAGAAACAUGGACCACAUGAAAACCACCCCCUCAAAGCUGCAGAUGGUGAAUUCUGACCUCAGGAUCAUGAAUUAAGAAGCACCAGAGUUCACCCUUACAAAGCUUACUGCAGAGAGGUUUAAAAACAAAUUUACAUGAUUUUGAAUAUCUAAUUAUAAAAUUCCAUUUAUAAACACCUUUACAAGAGCUUACAAAGUGCUUCGAAAUGCAAGCAUGGGAAAACAUGAGAACACACAGAGACCCAAAAAACACAGAAGAAAUACUGAAGGUAAUGUUGAAGGAGGAAGAUGAGUGAUGACCGCAGUGACAGAAAAUGUUGAUUUAAAAGAUAAGAAUAAAACUAGCUUACCCAGUUUUUGAGAAGCUCUAUUAAGAUUACAUGGUCUACAGUGUCAAAGAGAAGUCUGGUGGGAGUAAAUUCAAGACUGCACAUAUUUGGUUGCAUGGAAGAUAAAAUGUCAGAGAGGACAAAGACACAGGCUCAAAACUACUAAAAUAACUGGAUUUCUCUGUAAGUCUGUAAAUUGUUGUUUUGAGGGUGGAAGGGUUAAAAGAUACAGAUGCACAGAUAAAAUUUUCAAGAUACCUCUUCAGAAGAGCUCUUUAGUGUAUCAUUCAUUUAACUGUUGUCCUGCAGGGACAGUGACGACAAAGAGUUGUAGCUGCUCUCCCUGGUGAGAGGCUGACUGGAACAAGAGCAGAAUGAAAGUGAGCAAAUUCAUGGUUAAAGCUCUAAAGAUGUGAACGCACUGACCUUCCUGAGCAGCAGAUAACUCUGACACUCUGAGCUGCAGCACAAAAAGGGACUGACUGUUUUCAUGUGGCACACAGUCUUGGGUCUAUUAACUGAGAACAAUAAGAAGGGCAGAAAAGUCUGCUCUGAAUGACAAAUAAAUCUGUCAUUAUACAUGCUGCUUUAUUAUGUAGAGCAAAAAAUAAUAGUUAAUUCUUUGUAAAACUAAUGAGAGUCUGUAUGUGUGCAGGAAGCGUUGUGUCAGACACUGUGUGCUCUCCCUGCUCUGCUGGAUCAUUUUCAGACGGGACGUUUCCAUCUUGUCGUCCACACACAAAGUGAGUGAAGCUUCACAUCAGACAUGGACACACCUGAAUUCUUCUUCCAGCAGCAGAGACUUCAUCAGAUCCUCCAGAUGUUCCUCUCAGAAAGGUCCCUCUGUCAUUACAGAUGUGAAGACCUGGACCUGCUGCAGCUGGAACCAGGAACUGAGUCAGCUGAUGCUCAGUGUGGACGACACAAUUCAGAUUGGACUGCAGUGAUAGUCAGCGGAGUUGUUGUGCUUUUUUUGGUUUUGUCUGUACUUGGAGUGUGGUGCUGCCGACGGAGGAUAGGGAAAUAUUUAAUCACAGGUAAAGUUUUAAGCUGUGACAAUAUAAACAUGGUCUUUAAUUUUUUAAUUGGUUGAAUGUCUCUGUCAUAUCACUGAGUUUUAAUUUUUGCUGAACUUUGAUUUCAGUAAAAAACAGAGAAGCAGAAAAAAACAGAGGAACAGAAAAAAACAAAGGAGCAGAAGAAAACGAAGUGGAGGUAUGUUUUUAAUUCUCUGCAGUCAUUUCCUUUCACUAAUCAAUAAUAAAGUGAUGUGUCUUACUUACUUAUCUUUUUAUUUUGUUUUAAUUUUACUGUACAGCACUUUGGUCAGCGCUUUGUUGUUUUUAAAUGUGCUAUAUAAAUAAACCUGGAUUGGAUUGGAUUAUCAUUAUCAACUUAAUUAUCAACUUAUAUUUCUCACAAAAAAGUUUCAAAAUAAAUCUCUUUGUUUUUCAGGCUCUGUCAGAAACUGUCUAAGCAUGCGGGUACUUUUUUGGACACUGCAGAGUGAAUGUUGUCCAGGAUUCAGGUUUUGUCCUGCUGGAUUCUGGUGCAUUAUCUUUUCAGAGUUCAUAAAUUGCAACGAUCAGCUAUAAUGUCAUAAUCAGCUGCUUACUUAUAUCUGGGCCCCCUCUCUAUUCCUUGCAUGAACAGUCCUGACCUGAUGAGAAAAUGACUAACAGACCUCUGAAGGUGUGCUGAGGUAUCAGGAACCUUGAUGUUUGCUGGAGAUCCUUUAAGUCCUCAAGUUUGUGAGGUGGGGCCUCCAGGGAUCAUAAGUUUUUCAGCUCAUCCUUAAGAUGCUGGACUGAACUGAGAUCUAGAGGAUUUAGAGUCCAAGUUCAUGCUACCAUGGUCAUCCAGGUUACCCUCUUCUAUUAUUCCACAGUCCCACUCAGGUAAACAUCCUCAUUGUGGGCAGUGGGCUGGGGUCAGCAUGGACACCCAGAGCGUUGAGCACCAACAAAGACCCCUGCUCUACAAACUGAUGCUAGGAGUCUUUUGCCCCCUUUUCUAUCAGGACCAACAUUCACCAUCUCAGCAGUUUGAGUGACUCCUCUGUUUGGUCAGACCACAUGAACCAGCCUUCACUCUACAUAUUCACACAGCAGUGAACCUUGACCUCUACUGACCCUGUGCCUGGUUCAGCUGUUUUCCCUCCAUGUCCCACUUUUGGCAGGUACUGACCCCUGCAGACCCCUCAAGAGCUGCAGUUUGAGAGCUGCUCUAACCCAGUUAUUCAGUCAUCACAGUUUGGUCCCUGUUAGAGUGGCUCACAGCCUCAAGUUCUCCUGCUUCAACACAUCAACGUCAUGGACUGAAUGUUCACCUGCUGCUGAGCAGAUCCCGUCCACUGACAGGUGACACUGUGAGGAGAUAAUGUCAUCAACCUCUUUUGUAAGUGGGUCUAACAAUAUGGUCGUAUCAGUCUGGACUCACAGAGUUCUGCAUGUGAGGGAGUUGGAACCACAUCCUGAAAUGUCUGAUAGAAAGGCAACAUGUGGUAUUGACUUUGGACUUUUUUUAUCCUGAUGGACAGCUGUUCUGCUCAUCUGCUUCUCUCCUAAAGUGUUCAGAUUUUUCACUUCAGUUUAAGGACAAAUACUUGAAUGAAAUACCAGUGCUCGUUUCUGUUCAAGUCCUGCUUUUGCUUUAGAAAUAUAGAAAUAAUCAACAAAAAAUGCAUAAAACUUUCCUGUGUUGAACUUCAGACUUGUUGCAUUUUAAAGCCCUGUAUCAGCAAAACCACAGCACUAUGUCUGUUGAUAUGUGUUGGUUUUUUGUGAAUUUUUCUAAAUAAAAGAGGAAACACACUUUUCAUCUGUUGUUUGUUAACUCUACACAUUCAGAGACUGGAAAUCCCGCAAAAAGCUUUGGAUUGGCACAAUCUGUGUAAUCUGAAACUGGUUUUCAAUGCAAACAAGAAGAAAUUCUAGGAACUGUUUUGAUGGUCACAAUGCUGUUGUGGAUAUUUAUCUAUUUCUCUCAAUUUAUAAAUUAGUAAAUGGACUUCACACACAGGACUACAUCUUGACUCAUGGGACUGGGAUUAGGGCAUGCCCCUUUGAGCUGCGUGCCUACGUGGAAGCCAUCUUAGCAGGGGCAACUUUCCCAUUCAAGGCAUUAGAUGUACAUGGGAAAUAAAUCAUGUCUUGCUCAUUUCUCAACCGCUUUUCAUGCUGUUCAUGUGCUAUUAAUACAGAGUAUUUGAUUAAAAAAUAAAAUAAAAUGUUCUGUAUUAAUAGUUUUACGUUUUGACGUUAAAAAUAAAGUGAACCACAUAAGAAUUGGUUGAGAAAUGAGCAGGAUAUGAUUAAUUUCCCAUGUACAUCAUUGCCUUUAAUUGGAGAGUUGCCUCUGCUAAGAUGGCUGCCAUCUCUACAUAAGCACGUGGCUUGGUGGGCUGCUACAGCACGCUGGCAUACCUAGUCUUUUAUAUAUACCUGUUGGCCAACUCAUAUGGCAUAGGUGUGUCACUUAAACGAGUCCCUCCUUCUGCUAAUCAAACCACAGUGCAACCAUUGUUUUAUCCAUUUUAGAAUUGUAAAACACAGACCUCUGUGGUUUGGUAAACUACCUGUAAAAGUAAUGUUUGUCUCUUUUAAAGAGUCACUGUGAUGCUGGGAUGAGCCAGCUGUCAUGCUGUAUGGCUCUCUUCAGCAAAACCUAGUGCUCUGAAAGCAGGUUAUGACUCCUAAAGUGUUUUGAUGCAGUUUCUGUAUUCUAGUCACUUUUUAGUGUUUGAAACCACAGACUCAACAUGAUAUGACUCAGUCUACCACAGCUAAGUGCCACUCUGAUUAAGAGUGUACACAGGAGUGGGAUAAAUGAUCCAAACACUGAAAUGAAAAUAGGUCCGGAAAGUAUAGCAAAACUAUUGUGAUUUCAUUUUAUUUUAUCAUGAAAGAACCACAGUCUGGAUUUUUUCGCCUUUUUAUGUUGUCCAGUAAAACCUAACUAACCUCUUUGAUUUAAUAAAGUUAAAGAACUCAUAAUAACAUCAUGGUGGCCACAGUAGUCCACCUUUUGAACAGGACUAGGAUGUGUAUUUAGGCCAAUUCAUGUGUGACAAAUGGAGUCUUAUCUGACAGAAAUAAGCAUUUUAACCUAAUUAAAAAAUAUUUAAACUUUAAUGUUUUUCAUAAACCAGUAAGUAUUAGUGAGCAUUUCAGUGUGACUUUUUAACGGUGUAAGACUGUCAUGUGUUCAGCAUGUUUAGCAUGUUAGCAGCACCACGUGUAUGUGAAUCAGUUGGUCAAACACUUCCUAAUCCUCCCCAGUCAAAUUUCAUCCUACAGAACACCUAUUUGACUAGAAACAAUAAAUGACUGUGAGGUCUUAAUUUCCAAUGUGUGACAUGAAGUGAGAGUGUGAAAACAGAAGCCACUACAUCUACAUAACUUCCUCUGAUCAAAGAAUGAAUGAAAUGUAUCUAUAAUGAAACCUGUGAAAGGAUUUUAGCUCUUCUGCCUUUUUAAAGCACACUAAGUGGAAAAAAGCUUUAACAAUAAUUCCCAACAGCCUACAAGAAAACCAUAAAAAAACGUUUCUGACCUUAUUUUUCCAUUAGCUCCUCUUCACCGCUUCAUCGCAGUCGGUUGUUUUUGUUUUUAGAGAUCACUGGAAAGCUUGACGAAGGUCUCUUUAAUAGUACGUCAUGAAACCAGCCUGUGGCUCUGAUGACAGACUGACUCAUUUGCAUCUGUUAUGACACACACUCAACAAGUCUUACCACAACACUAUAACAUAACAACCUAACAACCUGUUUUUUUUUCUUUGUUUUUCUAAUUUUUACUUUGGAGUUAACCUGAUUUCAGAAGAAGUUAGAAUAACCAGCACAAGUCAAGUGAAUUAUGAAUUUAAAUGCAUUAAAGGAAACAUUAUUUAGCGUGUUAGUUAUGACUCAGAGUUAUGAAGACAUGUGAAAAUUAGAAUCUUGAUAGGAUGAGAUGUAGUGGUUACCCACUAAACUAAGAAACAAAUUUAAAGACAUUUUAUUGAUUCAAAAAUGACAUGUACAAAUAAAAAAACAAACCUUCUGAUUCCUCUGUUCGUUUCAUUCCCAUGGCGACAGUUAUAACAGUUAAUAUUUCGAUAAGCAGUCUAGGUAAAUAAUUUGAAUGCUUAUAUAAAAAUCAUUUAACUGAACAUCCACUGAAGGUCUUGUUACACAAGAAGUGCAAGAAACAUUUGUAGCUGCUUCUUUGUUUUUACUCACAUUAAACUGAACACUUCCUUUGACGGUUGUGUUAGACAACAUGAACAGGCCAACUGCAGUAAUAAAAGACUGACUUUGGUCUUAAUUCAGCUCCUCUCAGUUCACACACGAGACAGAAGAUUUAACUGUUAACACUUCUGCUUGUAUCACUGCCACCCAUGAUCUACUGAUGAUCAUAUCAUCACUGGCUCGGACAAGCUCUAAGAAGAGGAUCUGAUAUUAAAGUAUCCACAUUAAUUAGCUGUCAAAUUUACUUUUAAUUGAAUAAAAACACAGCUAUAAUGUGCCAAUCUGUUUCUAUCUUCUUCUGAAGACUGAAUUCCAUAACAUACCUGCUUUAAAAAGCUGAAACUGCAACAUAUUUUCUGAAACAGGUAACUGAAUUUCUGUUUUAACUUCUAGAUAAAUCUUUAGAUGAGAUUCUCUGUGUGAACCACCUGAAACGACACCUGUCAGAGAUCUGACAUCUCUCUCUAAAUCAAUGUGUUAAUGAUCAUUUUAACAUCUGUUUCUGUUUGUCCUGCAGGAGAGCUCAGACAGACACAGAUUGUGGAGUUGUAGGUGAAUAUUUCCUGAAACAACUGCUAGUCAGAGGAAUUACAGUCUGUUUCUAUGCACACAGACUUCCUGGUUUAGACACUUGCCGGUUUGUUUAGGGACAAACAUGCUUAUUCUGCACGCAUUAAUGUAAAUGUUUCUACUGCUUUUGUUUAUGCAGGUUUCUAAACUUCAGUUCACACAACCCAGUUAAUCUGCAGCAUUCACCAAACUAGUCAACUAGUCAAAAAGGUUUAACGAUUUAAACUCCAAACCCUCUCUCAGUUUCUGUCUGACUGCUGCAGGUCUGACAUCUGAGAGUCAGGACCUGAGUUUUCCCAAAACACAGAGCUCUAAUGUACCAAGUUUGUCAGAAAACCUUAUGAAAGUUCAUCUGCAACUACAAAUACCUUUAAUUUCUAGACUUGGACUUCAAAUUGUUGCUCACAAAGAAGUUCUGUAUAGUCUGAAGUCCAAAGGUACGGUUGAUGAGGACAAAAAGCCCUCACUGUCAUCAAAUAGCAUAAUAGAUGCUUCUAUAUUAGUGUGUCACAUUCAGACCUGCACUCAAACACUGAGUUACACAGUGAAUAAUUGCACGACAGAUACAGACGGUUACACUGAUGUGGUGUUCAACUGUGUUGCAAACCAGUGUCGGCUCAACAGGAAGUGCUCAUUUCCUGCUUUCAUUCCACCCUGUUUUUUUUAUAAAAGUGUGAACAGAGUUGUUUUGUUUGUUAGCCUGUAGACUAGAUAACAAGUCAGUCUGACUUUAGUCUCUGAAGAGUUUGAAGACACUCCCUGUGAACACAGUUGGACAGUUUUAUAAAUUCCUCUCAUGCCUGUAGAGUUUUCUUCUGUCACUUCCUCUUCACAGUUUAUAAUGUUGUGCUCUGACCACAGGGGAAGUAUAUUUUACUGCUGAUAUGAGUGAGAGAGGAGGAGAAAAGCUCUAAUAUUCAGUCUCUUCUCUCACAGGAAGGUUUGAUCUGCAACAAUUUUGUCUUGCAUUGUAACAUUUUUAUUUCUGCACAUUACAGCAGCUGUUUUUCUCUGCUUUUAGUUGUCAGUAUCUCAGACACAGAAAUAAAGGUAAAAUAAAGGAGCUGUUCAAAUCAUUCAAGGCCUAAAUUUAAUCCAAAAAUUAUGCAAGGACAAUAUCUUGAAUGUUAAAACUGAAGUAUGUUUGUGAAGAAUCGACUCAUUUUAAAUUUAACGUCAUCGACAUGUUUGUAAAAGUAGUUUGAAGUUCAUGUUUCUCAUCUAGUGUCAUCAGCUCUUCUCUCCCAACCCUUUGUAAACAUUAGGGAACCCGGCAGACCAGUUUCUGGAGUCUGAAAGUGAAAUGUUGUCUCAUUCUUGCCUGAUUGAGGAUUUCAGCUGCUCAACAGUUCAGGGUCUCCUUUGUCCUAUUUUCAGUGUCAUAAUGCUUCAAAUGUUUUCAAUGGGGACAAGUCAGGGCUGCAGGUAGACCAGUUUAUCAGCAGGACUCUUCUACUACAGAGCCAUGCUGUUGUAAUCCCUGCAGAAUGUGGUUUGUCAUUGUCUUGCUGAAACAUGAUAAAAAGUCAUUGUCUGGAUGUCAGCAGAUGUUGCUCCUAAACCUGUAGAUAUUGUUCAGCAUUAACAGAGCCCUACAGAUGUAGAAGCUACCCAUAACAUGGACUCUGAUGAUCCCCAUACCAUCAGGGAUGCUGGCUUUGAACUUUGAGCUGAUAACAAGCUAGGUGGUCCCACUACUCUUCAGAGAGGAGGAUGCAGGGUCCAUGAUUUCUAGAAAGAAUGAUAGAUUUCGAUCCAUCAUAUAAAAGGACAGUUUUCCUCAUCCUCUCAGUCUACCUUUAAUGGGCUCAGGGUCAGAGUGGUGUGGUAUUUCUUGAUCAUGUUUCUACCUGUUUUUUUCUUUGCAUGGUUCAGUUUGAACCUCAUUUAUGGAAGCAGUGAUCAACUGUGUUCACAGACCAUGGAUUUGGGGGGGUUAUUCUGAACCCAUGCAGUGAUUUCUACUCCAAAGUCCUGUCUGUUUUAAUGCAGUGCUGCCUGAGGACCAAAACCAGUCUUGGUUUUGGUCCUUGUUCCCUUAGAACAGAGAUUUCUUCAGAUUCCCUUAAUCUUUUAAUGAUAUUAUGUUCUGUAGAUGAUGAAAUCCACUCAGUCUUUCACAUUUGACACUCAGGAACAUUAUUCUAAAACUGUUGAACUGUUAGCUCACGCAGUCUCUCACAGAGUGGUGAACGUCUUCCCAAUCUUUCACUCUGAGUGACUAAAUCUUAGUCUAAUCACUUCAAAUCAUACUAUGUAGAUUAUAAUUUAACUGGCAACCAACAAAAGACUCAAUCUGACUCCACAGUCACUACAAAAACAGCAACCAUUUUCUUGACUUACACAUUUCUCAUCACAAACUCAAAGUGUAAUUACCUCAGAGCAGUCAGAAAGUACAAUCUGCAGCCCCACCAGGGAAAAAGAGAGAGGAUGGAUGGAGAGAACAAAGUCACUGAUUUGAUUAUAAUUUUGAUAUUAUAAUUAAUAUUCAUAAUAUUAAUUGAAUGAUUUAUUUAUAAUAUUUUAUAAACAUACAUACAUACAUAUAUAUGUGUACACACACACACACACACACACACACACACACACACACACACACACACACACACACAUAUAUAUAUAUAUAUAUACAUAUAUAUGUAUAUAUAGAUAGAUAGAUAGAUAGAUAGAUAGAUAUCCCUAUAAUAUAUACCCCCGUUCCUCUAACUCCAACCUCCUCUUCCCACCCUCCAGGACCAAGCACUGAACCUGAGGGGAUAGAGCAUUCUCCGUAGCCGCCCCCUCCCUCUGGAAUUCACUUCCAGCUCAUAUCCAGAACUGCACAGACCUGCCCUCAUUCAAAUCACUUUUAAAAACUCACGCUUUUAAACAGGCUUUUAAACUGUGACUGUGCUGUUUUGUCUUUUGUGUGUGUCUGCCUGUGUCUGACUGUCUGUGAUGUUUUUGCUUUUAAACUGCUUUGAAUGUUUAUCUAUGACUGUUUUUCUCUUUGCAUUGUACAGUGUCUUUGAGUUUCUGUGAAAAGCGCUACACAAAUAAAAUGUAUUAUUAUUACUAUUACUACUAUUAUUAUUAUCAGUAGUGGUAGUAGUAGUAGUAGUAGUAUCAUUAUUAUUAAUAUGUUAAGGUCCUUGCUGCCUCUGCUUGUCUUUCUCAUCUAGUUUUGUUUGUAGCUUCAAAAAAAUAAAUUUUGGGAAGUUGUCCAAGACUAAAGAAUUCACAAUCCAAAAUAUAUAUUUUUUAUUUUAAAGGAAUAAACUGCAUCAUUGAUUUGGCAGCAGCCUGUAUUUUUAACCAUGGGCUAGGGGCGCAGCCUGCUGGACAAACUCCACUAUAACAACCUCUCUGAACCAAUCACAAAUCAAAUGUAAGUACCUCGGAUCGCCAUGUGUUGUUCCAUCAGUAAGAGUAAAGUGAAAGAUAAAAAGGGAAGAGAUGAGAAAAGGUAAGUAAACGAGGAAGGGAGACCGGCUGAUAAAAUCUUCUUCCUAACCACAGACUGCAUUUGUUCUCAUGACAAAACCAUCAGUGCAUUCAAUCAGAUAAGGGUGGCUCCUUACCGUUCGAUGGCGCACCUUUGAUUGGCCAGGUAGGUUCUCGUGACUCUCAGGGAGCGUUUCCCUCAAACGUCAUCAGUCCAAAGUGUUAACGCGGGAAAUGCCAAAUCCGUGUACCAAUGAACAAACUAAAGAAGGAGAAAUGAACUAUAAUAAACUACAUCGAUAAGUCCACUGUGUUGCCGCCGUCAGAAACCGUUUAGCUCCUUCUGUGUGCAACACCUGAGCUAGUUUGUAUUGCAGUAAAGUCCUCUCAGCGCCCCCCAGUGGUGACAAAGGAAACAGAUAUGGCCCUAUACCGACCCUUCAGACGGAUAGACAGUAUUUAACGAAACACUGAGGAGGGAAAACUGGAUCAUCACUGCUGAGAGCGAACCUCGACAUUCAAAAGGUUCAGAAAAAUAAAAUAUUAAAGAGCAAAGAUGGGUCUGAGAGCACAGGGUACAGAGUCAGAGUGACUCCAGCCUUGGUUUAAAUACUGAGGUGAAAGCUGAUUGUCAUUGUUAAUGACACUGGUAUCUGUAAUUAAAUGCAGGUGCAUCUCAUAAGACCAGAAUAUCAAUUCAAUGCAUAUACAUACAUACAUACAUACAUACAUAUAUACAUACAUACAUACAUACAUUCUUAGGACAUAGGAGGAUGUAGGUUUAGAACAUAUAUGAAAUAUAUGUAUUGUGACAUACAGUACAUAAGGAAAUCUUCAUAUAAAUAACUUUUAUAGGGCAUUGAACAUUUUUGACAAAAUGUUGAAAACAGAUUUAUAAAAGCAAAAAACACAUUUACGUUGAAUUCUAAUACGGUAAAUGAUUUGCACAUAUUUAUUAAUAUAAAAAUAAAAUAAUUCAUUUAACAUGACCAUAUACAGAACAGGCCAAAAGUUUGGACACACCUUCUCAUUUAAUACAUUUUCUUCAUUCUCAUUGCUAUUUAAAUUGUAGAUUCUCAGUGUAGGCAUCAAAACUAUGAAUGAACACAUGUGGAAUCAUGUGCUGAAGAAAAAAGUGUGAAAUAACUGAAAACAUGUUUUAUAUUUUAGAUUCCUCAAAGUAGCCACCCUUUGCUUUUUUGAGAGCGCUGCAAACUUUUGCUGUUCUCUCAAUGAGCUUCAUGAGGUAGUCACCUGAAAUGGUUUUUACUUCACAGGUGUGCCUUUCAGGGUUACUUUGUGAAUGACAGAGUCAGUCACUAAGUACUUCUGUCAUCAACAGUGAAGGGUGGCUAUUUUAAAGAAACUAGAAUAUAAAACAUGUUUUCAGUUAUUUUACACUUUUUUUAUAAGUACAAAAUUCCACAUGUGUUCAUUUUUUGUUUUGAUGCCUUCAGUGAUAAUCUACAAUGUAAAUAGUCACAUAAAAAAAUAAAGAAAAGACAUUGAAUGGGAAAGUGUGUCCUAACUUUUGGCCUGUAUAAGUUCAAAUAUAGAAAAAAAUGUGCAUAUGGGAACUUGUUCUAGUUUCUAGUGGGUUUCAUAUAAAGUUUGUCCAUACAUGUACAUAUAUGUUUUUCUCCUCAGAUGCAUAUAUUUCAUAAAUGGAAAUGUAAUAAAUGUACUCGUAUGGGAAGACAGUGGCGAAAUUGCCUCACAUUGCUAGUCUGCUGCUUAAAAACUGUUUUGAAAUGGGAAAAAAAAGGAUUUAAAAAUGAUUAUCACAACCUUUUGUUUUUUUAAAAAGUAUGUGUUAGUCCCACUGGUUUACUAAUCAUGUUGCCCAGUUUCAUAUAAUAAUAUUUGCAGUUUGAUGUCUUCACCCAGUAAUGAAGAAUAGAAAUGUGACCCAUUAAUCCACCAGCUGUGGUUCAGCCUCGAAAACACUCUUUUCUUUUUUAGGACAUAGCUGUGGCUGUGCCAAAGAGGACACAGGGUCAUGAGGAAUCGAAGGUUCUGAAACAUGAUCCGAGGAGCCGCAGUGUGACACCUGCUGGACAGAAGCUGUAAUUACAACUUUCUUAAAAUAACCUGAAGCUUCAUAAUAACCUCAUGAUACACGUCUGACAAACACCUGAUGCAGACUAAGGCUGUGCAGAUAGAAGAGGAGUCUGAGUUUUUAUUUUAAUUUUUCUCUCAUUUAAAAGUCUUGGUAGCUACAGGGAGUUGAGGAUGAUUCUUUGAUUGCUGCAGACAUCUGGAAAUAUACGCUGAAAAAUAUCAACCAAGAGUUCGCCCAGAGAGCUUUUUAUUCGGCGGUAAGUUGUCCAAAAAAUCCAAACACUUAUCAAACUGCACUUUGCCAUAAAAACUCAUAAAAAGUCAACUUUCUCUUUGGCUGUGCGCGCUCCCGACGUACACGCGUUUCUGGUAAGUGGCGAAGGGAAUUUCCGCGGAAAGGCUCCAUGUUUGUGAAUGCUCCGAGAGAUUUGCCUUCAAAAUCGAAGUUACUGGAGUCUUCUUUAGGUCUGAGCUUUAUUUUGUCUUAAAUCAUGAUAAUACACGGUCAGACUAUGAUGUAAGUUUUAUGUCCGUGUGCAUGUAUUUAUAUGUAAAUUGGAUCAUCUUGAAUCCUAAGUAUAAUAUCAAUCUAAAGACUUAAAUUAUGGUCGUUUUCUGUAUAAUAUCUGUUUAGUGAUGGCUGUUUUUCCCCCUGUACAAUUUUGUUUUUUUAAGAGCAGCUGUUUUUGAUUAGUUUUUUUUUUUUUUUAAUAGAACUUUGAGAUCAGAAAUCAGACUUUUCCUCACAGUUCCACAAACUGUAUAUGACAGUUAACAAUCAUAUACACUUAGACAUAAUGUAAUAUAAUAUAUUAUGAUAUAAUACACAGCAGCGAUCCAAGCUAUGCACUCAGAGCUGAAGACCUGGUUCACUGUGGUGGACAGAUCAGGCCUCCCAGGGAAGUUUAAAGCCUGGAUAUAUCAGCAUGGCAUCCUGCCAAGGCUUCUGUGGCCACUACUGAUGUACCAGGUCCCAGUUACAACGGUGGAGGCCUUAGAGCGAAACAUCAGCCAGUUCCUGCGCAGAUGGCUGGGCCUGCCGAAGAGCCUGAGCUGCAUUGCACUUUAUGGGCACACCAACAAACUGCAGCUCCCAUUCUCAAGUCUGACAGAGGAGUUCAAAGUAACAAGAGCCAGGGAAGUGUUACUGUACAGAGACUCCUCCGACACCAGAGUCUCCUCUGCAGGCAUAGAGGUCAGGACUGGAAGGAAAUGGCGAGCGCAGGAGGCAGUCCAGCUGGCAGAGGCAAGGUUGCGGCAUGGUGCACUAGUAGGCUCUGUGGCGGUUGGGCGAGCGGGACUCGGCUGCCAUAAAACACCACACUACGACAGAGCACAGGGGAGAGACAAGCGGCAGAUGAUCCAGGGUGAGGUCCGAGCAGAGGUGGAGGAGGAGCGGCGCAGCAAGACUGUGGCCAUGCGCCAGCAAGGAGCUUGGACCAAUUGGGACCAUGCACUGACUCGGAAAAUCACCUGGUCAGAACUUUGGAGGUCAGAGCCAGCAAGACUCAAGUUCCUGAUCCAGUCAGUGUAUGAUGUCCUCCCAAGUCCAUCUAACCUGCACUGCUGGGGGCUGGCAGAAACACCAUCAUGUCCACUCUGCCCCGCAAGAGGAACGCUGGAGCACAUCCUGAGCAGCUGCCCGAAAGCACUGGGAGAGGGGAGGUACAGGUGGCGCCAUGACCAGGUGCUGAAGGCAGUAGCUGACACCAUCUAUGCUGGAAUCCAGCAAAGCAAGCACCAGCCUCCAGCAAGGCAUAACAUCACGUUCGUCAGGGCUGGGGAGAAACCACAGUCACAGCCAAAGGUCCCAGGUGGUCUUUUAUCCUCAGCGGGAGACUGGCAGUUGAAGGUGGACCUGGGGAGGCAAUUGAAGUUUCCGGAGCACAUCACCAGCACGACACUCAGGCCGGACAUGGUCUUAACAUCAGAGAGUUCGAAGCAGGUGGUGCUACUGGAACUGACAAUACCCUGGGAAGACCGGAUCGAGGUAGCCUAUGAGAGGAAAAAGGCUAAAUACCUGGAACUGGUGGAGGACUGCAGGCUUAAUGGGUGGAGGGCCCGGUGUGAGCCCAUUGAGGUUGGAUGCAGAGGAUUCCCGGGACAGAGCCUGCACCGCGCACUCAGGCUCCUUGGAAUAAGGGGGGCUCAAGAGAGGAAAGCCACCAAGAACAUCAGUGAGGCAGCUGAGAAAGCCUCUAGGUGGCUUUGGAUUAAGAAGGGCGAUAAUUGGUUUAGCGCGCUGCUUGGACACAAGUCGGGGUCUGAUCAGCCCCGGCUGGGUCGCCCAGGUGAGGGUGUCUGAUGAUCUAAGACCCGAAACACCCCGUGACCCUGGGUUCAUCACUGAGGAUGUGUCCAAGCUGCACCACCAAGGUGUUUGUUAAAACUAUAUAAUAUAAUAUAAUAUAAAGUUUAAAAGAAAUACACAUAGAAGAGAACAGAACAGCCAUCAUUUAACAGGUAGUGAAUGGAAAAAAUAAAAUGAUAUUCAAACACAUAUAAAAAUGUUUGCAGACAUGAUUUCUGAUAAACUUUAAUCAUUGUCCGAAUUUCUUUUAUCUGUAGACAUCAUAUGUUUCAACAGGCUUAUUUUGUCCUGCUUUCCAGUUCACUCACUCAGACUAUCUUUGAUUAGUAUUCAUUAAAUACCUGAAGAUAUUAUCAAACACAUCAGUGCAUUUUGAUGGAAACAGAAACUCCAACCUUAGCCAGCGUUUUAUCUUAUUUCUAUUCAAAUGUCUAAUUAGGUUUGGUUUAAACCACACUCACCUGACAGGUCCAGAAAAACCAUUUCACACAUUAAAAAUGAGACCUGUCUGUAUUGAGCGGAAAAAAAAUACAAAUAGGAUGAGAAAAGUUUUUAAUAUGUUUCAAGAAACUUGAGAGUAUGUUUGUCCCUCCUCUGGCAGAUUUUGAGUCAGUACAAGCAGUUUAGUUUUAGUUUUCAGAGUGUGACACUGUUAGAGAAGUUACUUUUGUGGACUCUUUAGUUAAUUUAGUGUAAAUAAAGCUUUAGUAGACAUUGUUACUGUAUACAAGACAAGAACACAAGAUUUGAGUCAUUUUGCCGUGAGCUCAGAGUAGCUUAGUACCUUAUAAUAUCAGCUGUGACUUUGCCGUGUUCUGUGAUUUCCUGUUAUUUCCUGUUUUCACAGUAUCAUUUAAGGAGUUUCAGUGCUUUCUUUCCUGUCGCAGUCAAAACAAACUUUCACAUGCAAGAUGUUAAAUCCCAGAGGCACUUCAUAAAAACAGUUCACUCAGUGUAUCAGUGCUCCAAAAUGUGGUUUUAUGUCUCCUCUACUGAAAAUCCUUUUCUGGAAGAUGGAGACGUUAUUCUACAGGUAACAUAUCCUGUGACACAGAUGUAAAUGAUAAUAUUUCCUACAAAAAUAAAGUUUAACAUUUAGAUGUCUGCAGUGGUUUGAGCAGGCUUUUAAACGCCUCACAUGUUUGCUUUAACUGGAAAUGAAGGGUCUUUAGUCAUCGAUGAGAAGGGCGGUGAGCAGUUUGUAACCAGGAAGUUGCAAAAACCGAAGAGUCAGCUGAGAGGACCUAUUUCAGUCUCCCUGUGUUUACACCCGCAGUGGGGGACUAUGUUCCACCUCAGAUUUAAAACAGAAAAAGCUUGGACGGCGUGCAGGACAGACGGUAAGAAAUCAGAAAUAUACGAAGAUAAGCUGUUUCAGAGCCAGACCUGAGCAGGCAAAUGUCUUCAUUAUGUGAGCCUUAGUUAGCAGAAUGGUUUGUGUAUCCAAAUUUAGAUAAGUGCUAAAUGUUAUCUGAAAGUUUUUGUCCUGAGGUUUGAUGUGAUCGUUCAGGUGGUGGAGGAGUUAGGUAGCUGGAAAAAAAGUCUUGAUGUAUUUUAUUUAUGCAGCCUGGUGCAAAUACAGUUAAAAGACUAAUGUGUAACUGAUAUCCAUCAUGUGAUUUUUAUUUUUCUGCAAUGAUUUCCAUCAGUUUUUGUCAAACUUAAAAAAUCUCACCAUCCUGUCUCUAAAAAUACUUUGGCAGUAAAAUAAAAUCAUAUUUAAAAGCUCUGCACACCCUUAGUCUGCGUCAAAGUCUGAUUUCUCAAGCUUCAGACAAAUAAUGUAUGUCAGUGACACAUGCUGUGAGGUCAUGAUGAGGACCCAAGAUUUUAGGAAGUUGUAUUUGCUGUUUGCUUCCAAUAAGUGUUACCCUAGUGUCAGCUGCUCUGGUCCAAACGCUACAUGGCAUGAAAUACAAAUAAUCUCAGAAUUGUCUCCGGAUAGGUUUGGGGUUUCAGAUCUUAGGCUGAAAGGAUUUAACAUUAAUUAUGAAAAGUAUAUUAGUGAUACCUUUGUUUUGUCAGAAAGUUCUCUUGAUUUCAGUAAAGAAAGUUAACUCCGAUUGUCUCUCUGUGACUCUUCAUGGCCUCCUGAAGAGAAAAGGUUUUUGCUCUUCUGAAUAGAAGUCAAAUUUCUUUGACACGAUUAAAAGUGCUGUUCUUUUUUAUGGAGCUGGGUGUAAAUGUGCAGAUUUUUGGAAAACCAGGCACCAUGCAGAUGAUGUGUACUUUAUGAAAUAAAUGCUUCACCAGUGCAGUCUUUGCCUCAGAGAGAGGAAACAACCUUGAGGUCUUUGUGUAGUUAAAUUCACAGGUUGAUUUGGUUUAUUUUGGCAGAACAAGACUGUGACAAAUUCAGAGUACAUGUACUCAGUGUCCAGAAAAUAUGGUGUUUAGUUAUUCUGAGAUCAUUGUGAGUAUUCACUGAUGCCCAGCGAGUCCUGGUUACAGCUCAGUUGUUUUAUCUGUUUCAAACACGUCCUAUAUGUGCAUCAGCAGCCAAAAUUUAAAUGUUUAGUCUAAUGGCCUGAGGACGUCCCUCAGACCUGAAUCACCUGAGUUACUGCUGAAACGCACAGUUAAGUCUGGAUACAGCUAUAGCUUGUUUAAGCGAUUUAAUUGGACCACUGUCCUUGUUCUAGUUUGUCUGAAUCCAUUACUGUAGUUGGUGACAGACCGUUUUUUUCAGGUCAUUACUGUUUGGCCAUCACCCAAUUGAUCUACCAUGUCACAUACCAAAAACAAUUAACAAGCUCAUCAGGAAGAGGCUAACAGGUUAUAUGAAGACCAGCAGCGCUACAGCUCUGUAUUCUUCUGUCCUCUGUAUUCUGUCUUCUUGAAAAUUAAGGAGCAUGCUCAGGAAACCAUUCAGUCUGAUGGAUAUGUAUACUUGGGAAAGAUAAAUGAUACCCAAGGCCAUUAUCCGCUUGUGUCAACUAACGGCAUGAUUUUAGUUUUUAGGACACGUAAACACACUGAUAUGUUGGCUGGUCAGUCAGUUUCCACUUAGUUUUAGUUUUCAGAGUGUGAAAACUUCAGUUUCAUCCACAGGUCACUGCAGGUUUGUGAUGCGGCUGCCUGUUGACUUGUGUCUGGUUAGCUGCACCUGUAUGCUCAGCUCAAAAUCUGCCUGCAGUGAGACUUUGAUACAGUUUGACACCAAGGGCAGAUUACUGUGAGCUAUCCACUGAGCCUGGAUCUGAAAAAGCCAAUCAAGUGAUGUAAACUUCAUAGUGGGGACUCACCAGCCAUUCAUCAUGGUCAUUAAUGUUGUCAAGAAUUUGUGUAAUCUUUAUUUUUUCUGUUUGUUUUCAAGGUGACCUCUUCAGACCCUAACAAUGGUCCUGUUGGAUAAAAUGAUGUUCAGGACAAGACUUUUGCCAGCUCUGCUGUUGCUGGUAAAAAAUCUUAUUUUUAUUGAAAGUUUUUCUUCAAAUUUCUCUCUUUAAAGAGGGGAUAGUUUUGUGUUUUAUCUGGGUCGGGUCAGGGAUGCCUGUGCAUAAAGGCCAGUGAGGCAGUAAAUGCAUCCAUCAGCUCCUGGUUUGGUCAGAUUGAAAAACUACCAUCUGUUUAAGUUGAUCACGGUGCAAAAAGAUGCAGACACUCUCUCUUCUCCUCACAGGUACUUGUGUCGACUGUCCUCAGAAGUCAUGCAAUCGUGUGUGAUCCUUUAAGGUACCCAAGAGGGUACAUGUGCUGUUAUAAAUGUCCACCAGGUAAGUACCCUUCCUCCUCAUUAAUAUAGAGGUAUUUAUCCAAAGCUCUGCCAUCAAUGGUCCUAUUGGUUAUUCAGAUAUUUUGUUAAUUUAUAUUCUCUGAUAGUUUUAAGUCUCUUUAUUCCUCUGUUUACAGGAAGUCGAGUUGCAAUUUACUGCACAGAAUCCUACAGCACCCGCUGUCUGCCCUGCACAGAGGGAACCUUUAUGGACCAGGAGACUGACCAUAGACAGUGUUAUCCCUGUACUAAGUGUGAUGCAGGUACAUUUCUGGAAACAUCAUGAAAACCUUUCUGAAAACUGACCAAAACAGGGCUGUCUGGAGUUUAAAUGUGGAGAUGUUGCUGUUGAGUCCAUGAAACACAGUCAAAGUUUAAUUGGUCUGCAUAUUAUCCUUCUGCAUGUUGACAGGUUCUGGUCUGAGGACAGAGACUUCAUGUACAAACACAUCAGACGCAGUCUGCCAACCUCUGGAGGGAUUUUUCUGCAUAGAGUCUGCAGAGGGCGGCUGUGCAGCAGCAAAGAGACACACGAGCUGCAAACCGGGAGAAUACAUCAGUCAGAACGGUUGGUUUUAGGAGCUGGUUAUAGAUUAUUGGAAAAGUUUUAUUCUGAGUACAAACAACAGCUUUUCAGUUAAAGGUGGGGUAGGUGAGAAGUGCCAGUUGUCGGGAGGAACCUUGAAUGUAAACUCUACCCCUCCCAACCAGUUUACCCCUCAGCUUCUCCUCUCCCCUUCCUCUCUGCUCCAGCAAGCCCCGCCCACAAACAGACAUUCCUGCUCGCUCAUAUAAUUUCAGUUAAAUUCAGAUAUAAUGCAGAUAAAUACUUCAGAUAAUUACAAAUGGGGUCCAGUCAACAUGAAAGUAAAAAGCAUUGGUGUGACUGUAGAUGCCAACAGACUACCAGCAAACACGUUUGUAGGACUUCUACAACUGGGAUAAAGCGACAUAGUCCAGGACCCGAGGUAAACAGUUAAGCAGUGCUGCAACACGCAGCAGGUCCCGUUUAACAAGAAACACUUCUGUUACAGACACUUGGCUGGUAUACCUGUCCAGCAGAAAGCUUAGAGGGUCUGUAAGAUCCUGAAGCCUCCCCCAUCAUUUAUGCUGAUGUUGACCCGGCUUCUUAGCUCUUGUCCGGUCUACCUCCAUUUUAAGCGCCCGUUAUUCCCACCAGGGUCUCCGGUAUUUACUUUGUUUUCUUGCUUGUGUUUUCCGUACUUUCUGGAUGGGUUCCACUGUCUGAUAUUGUGGCAUGCUAACUUUGUUUGGGCUCGUGAACGUUAUUGGAGGAUGUGGAGCGUGCCUCACAACACGAGGGAGCAGCGUCCACCUUACAACCAAUUCAGGUUGGGGGAGGUGGAGAACGGCUUUGUUUACAGUCAGAAAGAGCGGGCCACUCAAAAAAAAUGUUAUAUGUUGACUACACAGACAUAAGAAAACACAGCGAUAUCGUUAUGUUAUCAAAUGUCAUCAAUAACUAAUUGCUAUUGACUGAUAUUAAAAGCUUUUUUGUAUAUACACCAAAAAAAGAUUCUUCUUUUAUGAAAUCCUGCCUACCCCACCUUUAAGCUGAAGUUGGAGAUUUCUGACCUCUAGAGAGCAGGAAAAGCAUCAAAGUAAAUAUCUAUUAAAGCUUUGUGAGGAAAUUAAGUUGGUAUGAAAAAUGAAGCUGUUAGUCUCAUGGCAGAUGCAAAAAGAACGAAAAACUAGAUUCUGUAAAUUCAUGUUGGUUUUUACUUUGACUCUAAUCAGCAGAAGUUCCUCCUGAGAGAUGGUGAAAAAAUAUAUUAAUUGUCAUCAUCAAACUCUGUAACCAGUCACCCGGCUGUGAUCAAUACUUUAUUCUGAUUGGAUAAAGCCACUUUAUAGCCAAAAACUAUAAAAUAUCACAGGCAUCUCUAGGGAUGACCUGAUUACAUACAUCCUACAUAUCGAAUCAGUACAUGGGAAGGGACCACUGAAUAUCUGCAGAAUCAAUAAAAUCAAUCAUCUGAGGAGAGGAAAAUAGAUUUUUAGUGAGAUUUUUACAGGUACAUGACAGCUAGGGUACGAUGGAAGGCUUGAAAUCAGCUCUAAACAAAAUGAAGUGUAAAAAGAUGUUAUUUCUAAAAAUAAUAUUAGACUUUUUAGCGCAGAAUUAUCAUGCACAUUAUUAUAACCGCAUGUUGUUAUUGCACAUUGUUGUAAUUGUAUGAUGUUUGUAUAGUGUGUUAUAAUUGCACACUUUGUAGCACGUUCUGUAGCACGUUUCAUUGUAUUGUUGCACAUGGUUUUAGCUGCUCAUUCUUCUCAAUGCAAUUAUUGCACAUACUCUUCAAUGUUGACUGUUAUUAUUGCAAUUUUAAUUCCACAUUCAAUUUUCAUGUAUAAUUGAUAUCCAACAGUUCCUGCUUCAAAAUCAGUUUUUACAUUUAAUAUGCUUCAUGUGAUGUCAUCUUUUGUUUUUGUCUUCAAUUUGAUAGCAUUUCCUUAAGAUGCUUUAUAAAUGAAGUCAAUACUGAUUUAUUAGCAUAUAUAAAAUAAUAAACCUCCUGUCUGUGUUUGUGCAGGAAGCUCUGUGUCAGACACUGUCUGCUCUCCCUGCCCUGCUGGAUCAUUUUCAGACUGGACAUUUCCAUCUUGUCGUCCACACACACAGUGAGUGAAACUUCACAUCAGAUUCAGACAUGGACUCACCUGUAUUCUUCUUCCAGCAGCAGAGACUUCAUCAGAUCCUCCAGAUGUUCCUCUAAGAAAUGUCCCUCUAUCAUUACAGAUGUGAAGACCUGGACCUGCUACUGAGACCAGGAACUGAGUCAGCUGAUGCUCAGUGUGGAAGACUGGGUUCAAACUGGCAUGUUGAAAUCAUUGUUGUGGUUGGACUUUAUUUGAUCAUUGCUGUUUAUAUUUCCUACAUGGUUUUCAGAGAGAAUUUCCCACCAAAGUAAGUUUUGUAGAAAGAGUUACAUGUUUCCACAUCUACAGGGACCAGUGAAAUUUCUGACAUGCAACUAUGUGGCCCAUGCAUGAGAGAAAAUGCUCAGGUGUGCAUUAAUUCACAUGUUGUUUAUUGAGUCCCAUUGUGACAAAAGGAGACAUUCGAGAGCCUGAGAGGGUUACCAUGUAGUGUCCUGGACGACUUCCUCUGUGACCACACCUUAAAAUAACCACAUCAGCUAACUGAGUUGAGGCAGGUGGUGUGUGUAAUGAUGAAGUGUAACUAGAUGUUGAGUAUUUCUUGGAUGUUCCAGUUUGUGCAUCUUAAGCACUUGCACAGUCAGGACAGAUGACAGUGUAGUAGUAUCAACAGACUUAAAAAAGCAAGGAGGCUCAGGCUCCCUGCAUCUUGGCAGACUAGUCCUGAGCUAUUUCUGUCCCUUAGAGCUGGGCAUGUGCUCCGGCAGGUGAACCAUGGGGCACACUUCCAGAGGUGGUCCAAGCCUAGGGCAAUAGAGGCUGCUUGGGGUUCAAUUCAGAGGGUCCGCUCUGUGCAGCUCCAGAGAGGCUCUAAUAUCUGCAGGGUUUUGAGGGUAGGUAAAUCUCUUCAGCUCUCAGGGGCAUGGCCACAGUAAUCAAAGCUGCCCAUCGUGGUGGACACAGGCUGACCGCAGGUGACUCAGCUUUUUGUUAUAGUUUCUGCAGGCGACCAGAAGCUUAUGCCACACAGGAGUGUAGCUGUUCCUGAAAAGAUCUAGACCUGGUGUUGACUGCUUCAAACAGAAGCCCAGGAGGUUUGUGGGGCUGCUGCAGAGGUAAGCCCGUCUACCUUUGCAGCAUUCAACUGUUUUUUUUUUUAACCGUACCAGGUGCCUCUUCACAAUAGAGGGUGUAUUCACAGUACUGUGGUGGCAGGGGUUUGUCAUGAGUCGGUUUUGUAUCCUGUUCGGUUGGCGCAGCAGAGAACAGUCUGCCUGUGUGACCUUUGUUUUUUAUCCUGCACCCAGUGGUGUCACCAGCUGUGACAGUUUAAGGAAGGGUUUUUUUUUACAUGUGUUUGUGUAUUUUUAUUUCUCUUUGUCAUGUUUCACAGAGGUUUACUUUAAUCACUAUUAUUUAGAUUGUUAACAUUAUCAAUAACAAAAUAAUGAAAACUAAAAUGUCAAACACUUUAGUUUCUGACAGAGAGAUUACAGAGAGAAAGCCCGUCAUUUCCCCCCUAUGACACACAGAAACACCCAGAAGCAGCACCAGGACCUAUAUUUUAAUCAAAUUCUUUGAGACAAUUUCUCCUUACUAGUUUUUUAAAGAGAAUGCUGAAAUGUUUCUCUGACACAUUCAGGACAUCAGAACAACAUUUUGUUCCCUUUACUAUUCUGACACAUGUGUGUGUAAAGCAGCGGCUGCUCUUCAAAUAUUGGAAACAGUUCAUAUCUCUCUCUCUCUACUGUGAGAAAAAUUACAUUUACAGACUCUAUAUUGUGACUCAGAGAAUAUCCCCUCUUUAAAUGAUCACAAUGGACUAAGGGAUUUUUUACUUGUAUUACUGGAGGGGCAGGUGAGGGAUUAGGCCUACUGAAGGAUGAUCCACAUUGAUUAACCCUUGGUUCCUGUUAAUUUUAAGCUCCAUCCAGCCUACUUUAGCCAUUUUGUGGUUAAAAAAACCCACAAAAUCACUAUAUUUCCCAUAUAAAAGGACCAUGAUGAAUUCGUUUUAAAUAAAAAGAGUAUGGGCCAUGUCAAUGAUGAGAAGUAAAACCGAUUUUGGUGCAUUUAAAUCCUUUUUGUAUUGUCAGUUUCCAUAUUUUAGCUCCAUCCAGCCUAUUUUGUCCCCAAAACAGACAUGCAGAUAACGGUUAAAAUAACCAUAAAAUAAUCAUUUUUUUCUUACUUUUUUCGACUCAUAUAUUUCUUAAUCAACUUUAGCCCUGAUCAUUAAAAAAAUAAUGAACAGAAAAUUCGAUGUAUUACCCUUUUUAUGCCAGUCUUUGUGCAACAGGCCAUAUCACUGCUAUUUUUAAUGGUAAAAAACAAACAAAAGAUUUGCACCAGGGGCAUACACGCAGGGGCACACAAACUUCUCCUUACACAAAUAUCCCAUAUAACAUACUCUUAGAUCCACAUCUAGUGGCAUGUAAAGUUUCAUCCAAUUUUGAUGAUGUUUAGUGGAUGAAAUAGUUCUUUAAACACGCGGUCCAUGAAGACUUGCGUGCGCAGCACCAAAGGAGCUAAAAUUAUGUGUUGGCUCAAGCUGUUGUUUCACUGUCGGAAAGUAAAAUUUAGAGCCCUGGUGAUCGACUGACUGCAAAAAAAGGUUGGAAUAUGUUGUUAUGGUGACAUAAACACACGGUCAAAAAACAUGUCUUUAAUGGAAGUCUAUUGAUUUGCAGACAAAGUAGGGUGGAUGGAGCUAAAAUGUGGUGACAUUAUACUGCAAGUGACACAGUUUUUUUUAAAUAUGAAGAAAAAUAAGAACUCUCAAUUUUCUCUCUGUCAAAUUUGAUGCCCCAAUCUUUAAAAAUGUGACUGUCAGCUCAAAAUAAAGUUGACAAAAAUGACAAAUGUCUUCAAAAAAAGACACAGGAACUGAGGUUUAACUGCAGAGAGAUCAGUGCUCUACAUGGACCGACGUCCUUGAUGAGUUCUCUAACUUUGACCUGUGAGUUCAGUCUCUGUUGUUGACUGUAGUCUCUUUAAUCUCUCUGUUCAGCAUGGAUACAAAUGCAUGAUGUAUGUGAGCCCUUACACCUAACCAAUUCUUCCACCGUUCCACUAGCUUUAUAGUUCAUUUUAACAGAAGGCCUGUUUAUGAGAAGAUAAACCGCAAAUAAGAGGAUGUUUUGAGUUUGUUAUUGUGGGGUAUUGCCCCUGAUGUAUAUCUCAUGUUACAAAAAAAUAAAACUGACUCUAAAAACAACAACAAAUGUGUAUGCUGUGCUUUUUAAUGUCUGUAACCAGUGUGUGGGGUUGGAAGGUAAAAGUCAGCUGAGUAGCUGGAGAAACUGCCCGUUUUAACAUUUUCCACAGUAAAUAUUCACAUUUAAUGUUGUGUCAAAGUAAUCAGGAGGAGAUUUUUUUCAAAGACACCAUGUAGGCAUGUAGAUGACUAAAUAGGCAAAGAUUGAUAUUCACAAGGGGGCACCAAAACUGACACAAACCAGAGUUUGUCUACAGGAGCUUUAACAUUCUCAAGUUGACACUUGCUUUAAAAGUCACCAGCUUCCUGAGAAAAUGAACUUCCUUUUGUUUUUGUAAAGAAUGUUUCUAUGACAUUGAAGGGGCUUUUCUGUGCCUUAAAAAAACAUGUAUUUACAGAAACUGUACAUUAAAACAAGCAUGUUUUUCAUAAUCCAUGCCUUCAUUUAAGUGAAAUAUUGCUGUUCUUGCUGCCUUCCCUCACUAAAAUGGAAUUUACCCAGAAGCUCGUCCAAUCAGAGUGGUCAGCUAGUAAGCGAGGGUUUCUGGGAAAUGAAGUCAAAGAAGGAAGCACCUAUUUUCCCUCUUUGUUCAAAGUUUGACCUCACUUCUGCUCUCAGUUUAGAGAAAAACUACAGAUAGACGGCCAUGUUUGCAGGCUAUCCUUUAUUAUAAACCGUUUAUAAACAUUUUUGAAUUUUUUAAUCUUAUGGUCCAAUCUUUCCAGAGCCUCAUACACUGAUCACUGCAGUCAGAAUGAAAGAAAAGCAGUUGAGUGGGUGUUGAUGUCCUCUGUUUAGAGCUGCUUUGACUCUGUGCCACAUCACGCAAACUGUUGGGAAUGUGUGGGCUGCACAGAGUUCAUUUUUUAAGAGCUUUACAUCACUCUCUACACUUAGUGUGUAGCUGUAAGAAGAUGAAUUAAUUAAGUUAAAUUCAGAAAAACAUCUCAUUUUUAUGAUGUUGCUCUGUACAGACUUGCUCAACAUCAGCAUUCCUGCAUGCUACCACCAGAGACCAUUUUUUCAUACUGUUUUGGAGACGAGCCAUAAUAGAGGAGCACAGGAGUGAUCCUGUGAAAGGAAAGUGAAAAUAGAAAAGCUAUUGUUCUGCUUGGAGUCAAGACACUUUUCUCUGUCUGUUUUCUGAAAACAGACGCUUUAAACAGCUGUAUGAGGGCCUUCAGAUUCUGCUACACUGUUCAAAAUAGGUUAAACACGAGGAAAACAAGGGAAACACAAGGGAAAAUGAUGUGAAUUGAUGCAGCACGUCAAACUAACCACACAGACACAGCACUGUUUGUGUAACUGAAGAGUAUGUGCAGCUGUCCUGCUCACACUCCUGGUCCUGUUCUGUAUUCAUUCCUGCCAUACUAGCAUGAACCCAAACCACACUGCAAGACCACUGCUAUCUUUAUACUAGUACAGAUGAGACAUUAUUCUGAGGUCAAUUAAGUUUCAACCUCCUCUUAAUAAUUAAAAUCAUGUUAGACCCACUGUGGCUCUAAAAGCUGCUGAAGAACUGUCUCUGCAGCAGGGAAAUCACGGUGAGAGUGCAGAGACUAAUUACCAGUGGAGGGAUUUGUAUUAAUACUUAUGAUCAGCAGCUGUAAUCAGGAUGGUGUGUUUUAACAGCUUGUGAACCUUUGUCAAAAGUUUGUUUUCAUCUGAGUUACUGUAGUUAAAAAAACUGUUAGGUCCUCUUUGUUCACACAAGUCUGACAACAUGCUGAGUAGUCUGCAUACCAUCAGGUGACCCACCGACAGCAACGUCAGGUUUCAGCUGCAUACGGGGAGCUCCACCCAUAGUUUCAUGCUCGAGUGAGGGACUUCCCAGACCCUGUGCAGUGUGGCGUCAUAAGGCAUAGGAUCAGUGUGCCAGUUUUCCUCUUUCACUCUCUGGUUUAAUUUAGCUACCAUAAGGAUGUGGGGGAGACAGGAUGUGGUUGUGACACUUACUCAGAGUGAAACUAUGAAAUCAAAAUAAAUAUAAUAUAUUCUAAUUGAUUGCUGUUUCUGUUGUUGUGUACAAAUCUUCUUUAAGACAUCUGUUUAAGGGAUAUUCCGGCGUAAAAUUAAGUUAGGGUCAAAUACAUCCUAAAACCGAGUUAGACACCCCAUCGAGAGAUGAAUGUUGCCGACCGCUUGCUUCUCUAAGUAUACCAACUUUAGUAACGGCCGCAGAGAACAAUACAGAGACCUCCGGGUGAGUCCAUCGACUGCAGCGGUGGGACGCAACUCAAGGAAGAACAUUUAUGAUCAUUAAUUUAUCAUUUCCUUGAAGUAGUAAUCAUUUUGAACUGCAGAUGUGGUAGUUCUUUUGCCUUAGCGUUUCAGUCUGAUUGCAUUUCGAUGAGGAAAUGCAAUCAGACUGCAAUCAGGAUCGCUGGAAUAUCCCUUUAACAUCUGUUGGCCCUAUUAUCCACCCCAUUACUACACCCUGCCCUAUGUAAACCAUUCUUUCACUGUCAUAGCAGCAAGUUCAUUUUUCCCAUAAUUCAAUUUAAAAUUCAAAUUUACAAUUCAAUUUGUCCAUAUCUUGCAGAUUAAUCUCACACACAGUGAAAUGUUUCGGGUCAAAUUAAUCAGAUCUUGAGUCACUUAAAUUCUACUGUCUGUGGAAAAAAACUCCCUUUUUCAGACCGACCUUCUUAAUAUCCAAUAGUUAUUAGACAAUUGUAAUUAUAGUUCCAGUUUUGGAUAUCCCCAAAAUAACUGUACAAAUUCGAGAUAUUUAUGAUGUUACUAUUAAUACUACACAAACAUUUUCUACACAUACAAUCUCUGCAUCUCCAUAAAGUUUAUUUUGCUUAAGAAGUCAUUGUGGACACUUGAAUGUAAUACCUCAAAACUCAUGUAAGUCAAAAUAAAAGUCAUUUCUUGGCGACUAAACUUUCUGAGUGGUACGUUACAGCUGUGCAUGAAACGACUCCCUCACCGCAUCUGAUCUCAACUUGUGCUGGUUAAGGGCUGGCGUGCGUCAGUGUAUAAAUGCGCCACGCUCCACAGAACAGUUCUGUCUCUGCUGAAGUAAAGGAUUCAUGCUGGUAUAUCUAAAUAUCAUUUCUUCUAUCACGGUGAGGGGAACUUGGUAUCUGCAUGAGCUCCUGUAUGUUUUCAGCGUGUUCGAAAUGUUUUGCACAGCUAAACUUGCUCUGUUACCUUGUGGCUUACUUUAAUUGUGGCGUGCUGAGGAAAAGUAACUUCUGGAGACCUUCCCUUUUAAUGCGUGUGUUCGCGCGCGGUUUCUCUGUGUAAUCUUACCGAUCCAGAAAAAAAACACCUUAGAAAUUACAGCCUGAAUUAUCAGAAAUUUUGAGGACUGAUAUCGUUUCCAAGAGGAGAAAUUUACCAAGUUUUAGUUAUGACAAAUAGGCGCACAAACUACGUGUUAUUUCUGUGUAAAAUAUGAUGUUCAAGGGUCUUUGUAGUCAAUUUACAGACCGAAGAAGUGAGGCCAGUGUUCCAAAAAACAAAAGUGAAACUCGUUUAAAGCAGUUCUGCACAAGGACAGACAAAUUUACUGUAACACAGCAGACAGUAUUUCUGUAUGCAUGAUUUCUUUCUAUUUUUAGAUGCUGUCCUCAGAUUGAACACACCACCAACCCUGUCUGAAAUAUUCACCAGAAAACAGCUGUACUUCAGACGAUAAUGCAACCUCCCUCACUUGCAUUGUUGCUGGUAAAAUGUUUUAGGGUCUGUCUCUUUACUAACUGUUCAACUUUGGUCAUUUGAAGUUCAGUCAAGUCCAGUAAGCUGCAGCAUCCAAUCAGUGAGUGAUAUUCCAUAAGGGGGCGUUGUCUUUUGGUGAUUGGAGCAUUGGAGCAACAUCCGAGAAGCAGCCCUUACCAAAGCCCACCCCCAUCAAAUAUCCAUCCCUGAUUGGACUUCACUGAAUCUUUAUAAGAUCACCAGAGCUGAAUAACAGAAAAUACUGACCUCGAAAUAGUCAGUAACCUUCAAGAGGAGUCUUAAACAGACCAGUAGCUGGUGCUUCAGUUCAGCUACCCCAGAUGAUUAAAUGUGGACAUGCCCUCUUAUCAGAAAUGUAAACUUUGGUUUAGCUGCAAAAUAUACUGAUCUUAAUUUCUAAAUGUUGUGAUGUGAUUGUAUCCAUUUGAUGACCAUCUGACUGUCCGUGUGUCUGCCCAGGAUCUGUAUAAACGAUCUGUAUUGCGAGUAUAACUGAGAUCAUAAACUUUCUCUUUUUCCUCGCAGGUAUUUAUGAUGACUGUCUUCAGAGGUCAAACUCUCACAUGUGCAGCAUCAGAGUAUCAGUUACUAGGUAGAUGCUGCCAGAAGUGUCCAGCUGGUAAGAUCCACUAACUUCUGAACAGAAACAAAAUGUAUACAUUUUAACACAUCCUGCUGAACAGAAAUAAAAAGGGACUAUUGGACUGACAGUCAAUUUUAAAGGGAGUGAAUAUUUGCAAAAACAUGUUCUCUAAUGUACUCAGCUCAUCAACUUAUCCUGAUGUCAUAUUGAUGGUAGAGUUUUUGUGAUGCAUGAUUGCAGCAGGUAAAUGAAAGGAGGUGUUUGUUUGUCUUUUCCUGUGUUUUGCCUGUUCUUACACGAGGGUUUCAUUUUUAACAGGUACUUUUGUUGAUAAAGAUUGCAGACGUUUUAGAAAUACCUCCUGUUUGUCCUGCUCAGAGGGAACCUUUAUGGACCAGCCUACUUACCGCAGGCAGUGCUAUACCUGUAGAAAGUGUGAUGAAGGUAAAAAUUAACUUGUUUUAAUGAUCUUGCAAAAUAAAAUGGAAACAUUUUGCUAAACAGAGCCCCUUAAAGUUUUGAAAGACCCUGCCCUGAAUGACCUCCAGACUGUAUUUUUUCCCCAUCAAAAUCGACAUAAAAAGUCUCUUACACUCAUACCUUAAACGAAACAGGAAGUUGGCAAAUUUGAGUUGAAAGUCAAUGUUUUACCUUUUUUUUUUUUUUUGUGAUAUUCAGGGUGUCUAUUUGAACAAACUCAUCCCGGGGGGUUUUAUCCAAUAAGCUCCAAAUUUGCACAGUCAUGGAGAGAUUAAAGAUAAGAAGUUGUUCAAAGCUUUCAGCCUAACUGCUUAACUGCCAUUUAUGAUAAUAACCAUGGUCCCCACCGCUCUGUCUGAGGAGGAGUUUAAUGUUUCAUAAAUGCAACUCACUACAGUUUUUUUAUAUACUUUGCAUAAAGGUAAAAAACGAUAUAUGCAAUGUUAUCUUCAUUUUAGAUGUCAGAGGGAUUUUGUGGCUUUUCCUUUCUGUGGGAAACUGGUCCAAAUGGCUCUUUUAGUGUUUAAGGUUUAAGGUUGACCCAUGGUCUAGGGAAACACUACUGACAUAACAAGAAACCUGCUAAUACCUGUCUUUGUCAGUGCAGCCGGUGCGAUAUAUUUAACCCACUGCCACUGUACUGGCCCUGAGGACCUACAACCAGCCCAGCCCACUGGGGAAAUUCCCCUGUUCUCCCGAUUAGCCACCCUGGGCUUAUUGUGACACACAUGCCAGAAACUCCACAAGAGUUAGGACAUUGUGUAAAAUAUUAAGUUUUAUGAUGCUCCAAAUGUCAGGACUACAGGCUGGCAGACCAGUUUAUCAGCAUUAAGUUUGAGUAAAGUUGUGUGUUGUCUGUGUUAACAGGGUCUAGUUUGAGGAUAAAGACGUCAUGCACAAGAACAUCAAAUUCAGUCUGUGAACCUCUGGAGGGGUUUUACUGCGCCAAAUCUACAGAGGACAGCUGUGAUACAGCACAGAAACACAGAAGCUGCAAACCAGGACACUACAUCAGACAGACAGGUUUGUUUUAAAUAUUAUUUCACGGACAGGAGUUCACGUCUGGAUUGGAAAAUCUUUUUUUUCCAAAAGAGGCAGUUUGGUUUGUAGCACAUAUCCACAUGCAUGCAGGCAAUUCACAUAAGAAGUAUUUGUGCAAAUGGAACGUUUAUUUCAGCUUUACCAAGAACCACAUUUUAGAGAGUCCUCAGGGACUGUAGACCCACUGAUUCAGGUCAGGUUUGACAUUUAAGACAAUCUUACAUUGAAACUAUGAGAAUAAGAUUAAGCAUGAAAUUAUAUUAACUAUAGAAGUUUAACAGAUAAAAUCUGUGUUUGUGCAGGAAGCUCUGUGUCAGACACUGUCUGCUCUCCCUGCCCUGCUGGAUCAUUUUCAGACGGGACGUUUUCAUCUUGUCGUCCACACACACAGUGAGUGAAGCUUCACAUCAGACAUGGACACACCUGAAUUCUUCUUCCAGCAGCAGAGAAUUCAUCAGAUCCUCCAGAUGUUCCUGUAAGAAAUGUCCCUCUAUCAUUACAGAUGUGAAGACCUGGAUCGAGAGCUGCUGAGACCAGGAACUGAGUCAGCUGAUGCUCAUUGUGGACCACACAGUCAAGCCAUAAAAAUACUUAUACUGUCAGCCAGUGCUGUUGCUGGGGUUCUGUUGCUUGUUUUGUCUGUACUUGGAGUGUGGUAUUUCAGCGAGAUUAAAAAGUGUUUCACCGAAGGUAAGGCUUGUCCUGUGAAAAUAAAACCAUGACCAUGUUUUUGUCACAUCACUUAGUUUUAACUCGCUGCUCAUGUUUCGUUUUAGGAAGAAGAAGGAGAGGCAAAACAGAAAACAGAAUGGUAGUAUGUUUUAACCCUUUUACUCUUAUUCUUUGGUACAGCCCAAUCAUUAAAUGAUAAAUUCACUUAUCAACAUUUUCCCCAAAGGAACAAGUGAAUUGGAAAGAAUCAAAUCCUCUGAAUCAUCCGUCAGACAGUGCAGAAGAGGAGCAGCAGGUGAGACAGCUGGAAAAAUGCCUCAUCUUUACAAAUUUAUAAAAUGCAUCUGCUCAAAAUAAAUCUUUCCUUUUCUCAGGACGUGAAGGUCCAGAUGACCCACACUGAUCCACAUGCUGGUUUUAUGGUGAAUUGUCUCAACAGUGUUCACCAAGACCAGGAAAAAAUAUUUCCCUAUUUGAAGCAAACUCCUGUUUCAGACAGUGCAGAAAAGGAGCAGCAGGUGAGACAGCUGGAAAAAUGCCUCAUCUUUGCAUUAUGCAUUAGUUAUAUUAGACUGUGUGGCUAAUACACAAGGUAAUAAGGUAUACCGGUGUUGUCUUUCAAAAGCAACAGUAUCAGUUUCAAUACCAUCAUAGUGCCAUGUUUUGUAUGGCCAGAGUGUUAUUACGAUAACUCUAUCAAAGUCAGGAAGUAUCGGCAGAGCGCUACACAGCUUCUCAGUACUAUAACUCCUUGGAAGUUUGCUCAAUCUGAAAAACUCAAAUGCUGACAGACAGCUGAGAAUCUGUGCUUUUGUGUCAAUAUAUAAUGUAUUGUAUAUAUAGGGGUAAUCUUGAAUAGUACCACCAAAACCACAACUUUGACAGAAGACGAGGGAGAAAAGUAGAGUGAAGUAAGAGAGUGAAGUACGACAGAGCAAGCAAAAUAGUGAUUUUUUUAGAAAUAUAGUCAUAAAUACUUGUAAAUAGCAUGACGCUAUUUACAAGUAUUUGACGCUCCACGAUGACGCUCCACUCAAAAGGUCUUAUAAGACAUGUGUCAUAUUUUACUUGUUACUAAGAGAAGGUUUGCUCCUUUUGAGAUACUUGUUUUAAGUUUAAAGUCACGUUGACUUAGAAGGGGACGUUUCUUUAAAGAUUGAAGAUUACCCAGUGGACUCAUUCAUUCUCUCACUGUGGUGUGUAGCCAUUGAGGUAACGAUCGCGCUUGCAGAUUGUUAGCACGCAAUUACGUCCUGUUUUACUGUACAUUUAUUUGGUAUCUUUUGUAUAGACAUAUUGUAUGCUAAUCAUGUAUGUGUGUAUGAUUGUACAUGUUUCUAGUUCGACGGUGACAAAGUGACAUGACGGUGAUUGGUGACAAGGUGAAGAAUGGUGAAUAAAUGUCAUCUGUAUGAAGAACUUUGGUGCCUUAUUUCCCGGAGAGAGUGAAAAUGUGGCCUUCGGGAAAACAACAAAGUACCAAAGGGACUGUGUCCAUUGGAAAACCUGCCCUGAUGCAGUGACAAAAUACUUGACAAAGGAAAUGGUCUCUAUUCACGCGUUGGAAAAGAAGCAUUCUGUGCAAAACCUGUUCUGGAUGGUCAAGUUAAUUUAAUUGUUUCAUAGCUGUAUUUGCACGUUUAUUAAAAGCUGCUUUUUUUUUUAUUCAAAGUUGCACAGGCUGUGAUUUAAUUGAUGUGUGUGCGGUGCAUUCUGUGCAAAAACGGUUCUGCAUGACUAUGUUAAUGUAAUUGUUUAACUGUUGUGCACCUUUUAAGCUGUUUCUAAUAAAAAUUCUUAAUAUUGUGCACAUUAUGUUGUUAUUGUUUCAUUAUUAAUGUUUGGUAUUCAGUUUCUAAAUGGUGUGAGCACAAGCCAACAGUUUGUUGAUGCUGUCUGUCACCAAGGCAAUGGUGGCUGUCAAGGACAAAAAAAUGAAUGACUGAAGAUGGUGUCAUCCACAACAGAAGCAAGCAGUUUCAAAUAUUUCAAGUGAUUGGGUGGUAAUGUUUUGAGUUAUUUGAUCUAAAUAAUUAUAGUUUACGACUCAGUUCUGAGAUAUAGAUCAUGAGCUUUUAAUCGUUUUGGUACCUCAAGCCAACAUUAGCGAAGUGAUGCCAAACAAAGCCAGUGUCUCUUACUUGAAACAUGAAUGACUUUAAUCUUGUAUCACUUAACUUUCUCUGUCUACCCUGUUACUCUCUGUAACUGAUACUGGACUGGAUCAAUCUUUUGACCACUGUAAAGAGGAAUAAUGCCUUACUGUAUCUGUGACGCUGGUUUAAACCAAGCCAAAGCUGCAUCUCUUACUCAUCAUUCCCUCAGUGCUUACUGUUUUUUGAUCGGUUUAACUGCAGCUUGAAUAUCACCGCCAAGUUUUACAUCACCUGACCACCUUUGAUAAUGAUUCCUUCACCUCUCCUCUUCUCCUUUUACACUGAUAUCAUUAAGUGGAUCAUAUUUAUUAUUUAUAAUAUGCUGUAUUCCAGUGUUUGUAGAAACCGUUGAAUUUAACAUGUGUACAUUUGCACUUCAUAUUCUUGUUCUAAGAGUUCUGGCUGCUGAACACAAACUGACGUCUUCCUUUUGUUUGUUUUGUGUGUUUUUAAAUGAUGAUUCCCAGUGAUGAAGCUGGUGGCAUAAUCAGAGGAGCUGAUUAUUGUUCCUCUGUUAAAUCAAAUAAAGUGAUGUCAAAUUUAAACCCCUGUGCCACAGAGUUUUUCUUAUUAUAAAACACCACAGAUAUGAUUGCCAAGACGAUACUGAAAGCUUUCCCCUCCCCGGUACUCCAGAUUCAUACGCACCAUAAGGUGCAGUUUAUAUUGACAGUCAGAUUAAAGUGUUUAUGGAAAGCCUCACAGACAGAGAACAUUGGAACAGUCUAGAUUUCAGACACUCUAGUCAAAUAUGAUCUGACCUUAUACAACAAAUUUGUCUGAGUUUUUUUUUAUUUUUUUACAAAGACUAAAAAUGAGACUGAAGUGGAUCAGAGAGGAUGUUUCUGGACAUGUGGACCUGAAGAAAGACAGUCAGAGGCUGGUCUUUUCCUGACGCCUGAGGAGUGAUGGUAGAUCCUCUAUCUUACUGUUUUACUUUCACAUUAUAUUUUUCAAAGAACCAGCUCAGGAUGUAAAACUGUAGAGGUGUUCAUGCUGAUUGUCUCAGAGCUCAGCUGCUUCCUGUUUUCUGGAUUAUCACCUCAGGAACAAAGUUGAAUAAAAAGUCACUUUUGAUUUCAUUAUCAGUUCAACAUUUCAAGGAUCAACAUGUAAAUAUGUAAAUUUUCGGACCUGUAUGAUCUUUUUUGUGUAUGUUACAGAAACGAAUGAAAAAGCUUCUUUGUAAAAAGUAAAACAGAUAUUGUGUUCUUCAUGAGUUGUCAUCAUUUAUUGAUUUGUGGGCAAUAAGAAGUCCCUGGAAGUUGAAUGUGAUUGUAGAUUAGUUUGCAGUUUGGGAUCAGAUGGACUGCAGUGUCCUGGCUGUUUUGGCCUUUAAAGCAUCUCUGGAGUUUUAUUUAUCCCUUAUUGUCUUAUCAAGUUCAGUGUGACUGCCAUAAGAAAGAAAUGUUUGUUUUUUGGGAUGCAGUAUCAGAUGUCAGUCUGAUUUAUGGAGGACUUUCACACAAGGCUGUUUCUUUUUUGUGAUCAACUUUUAUUUUCUUUUUUAGAGAAAAAAAAGGCACAAAAUAUUUAUUACAAAAGAAUAAAAAGCUUCUGUUCCUUAAAUUACUUUUUCUUCUUCCUUCUCUCCACAGUUUCAGGUAUUAGUCAGCAACAAAGCUUGAUGUACUGAGGAAGUUAACAUUAAACUUAAUUUUCUGACUUCCUGGUUUCAGUUCUGCUGGUGUCUGGGAUUAUUCUGACUAGACUCUAAAUUUUUCAGGAUAGUUAAGAGACUCUAGUGCCUGCAGAGCCAAAAACUACUGUUUCUGAGUGAUUACAUGCUCCUCUCUAGAUUUACUUCUUUAUCUCCAGCUUUGAGCCUACCUCAUCAAAGUCCAGGAGAAGAGCAGGAUCAUCUGCAGCAUUUCUGGUGGGUUUACCUGUUAAAAGCAUGUUUUGAUGCCCUGCAGUUGUCACACAAUAUCUCUGCAGCUUUUCCUCAUAUUGCUCAGAUGAUGCAGUAACCAGGAUUUUUGUAGCAUUUGGGUCUUUCUGAAAACUGCAUCUGACACCCGUAAUUCAGUGAUAUAACUUUCUCUAAGUCAAAUUCACUAAUGAAGAUGUGUUUAUGCAAAAAAAAUAAUAAUAACCUGAGGACUAAAGAGAGGAUUGGCUGCUUAAUUAUUCUCCCUUUGUUGAUGUUUUUCAGCUUAAUUAAAACAUCAAUACAGUUGACCGACUUCUUAGACUGUUAUAUUAUUUAUGAGAAGUUAGACUUUGUCAGAUGUUUUUCUUUGCUUUUAACAAACCUCUGAGAAAAUGAGUCCCUCAAAGAUCACCAAAAAUUCAAUUGGUCUUUAGAUGAAUCUGUAGAUUUCAGCUAGUUUUAAAUGAUGGGAUUUUGGAGCCAAAUAUUUCAUCGAAAGUAGCUGAAAUCAGUGGAGGAACAGUCACUGAGGAAAACAUGUUGAAAAUUAGCAAAGUCAGGCUGCUGUCAAACAGAUCUGGGUCAAAAAGAUUACCACUGGUUUCAACUUCAGUUGAGGACUGUAAAACAUGGUUAAUGCUUAGCUGGCCUAAAAUGAAGUUCAAAUGCCAGCUUCUUUUUUUCUUCACCCUUGUUUUUCUCUUUCCCUAAAGUUGUCUCUUUGAUUUCAGUGAGAUUUCAUCUUCAUCCAGAGGAAACUGUGAACCUGCACAUUAAAGAUGAGAGUCAAACCUGGAUCAGCUGCAGCAGUGCUGGUAAAAUAUCUUCUUACAGAAAUCUUUAAAUAUCUUUGCAACAGUUUGGAUAUCAAACUUCAUGAGCUCUUCACUGAGACCUAAACCUGUGUCCCUGUUUCCUCAGAUACUCCUGCUGAAUGUCCUCUGUGGUCAGACUCUCCCAUGUGGUCCAAGACAGUAUCAGAUCGGAUCCAGAUGCUGUCCCAUGUGUCCACCAGGUGAGAUCUACCUGAUCAGUUAAAGGGGAAGUUAAAUUCAGGGUUAAACUGACAGAGGAUAUGUUUCAGUCUUUGAGCUCAUGUUGGAAAGUCUUCUUUGAGUCCUCAUCAUGAACGUCUGUCUCUCUGAGGUCUUUGUUUCUGUGUUGGUCGGUUCAGUCUGUAGUUUUAAUGUUCAGAUUCAUGUCAAAAGGUCAAUCCUUCAAUCAUCCCUUCAUCACUGACUUCCACUGAGGAUUACUGUUCAUUACAGGUUCAGAUCUCAGUCCUCCUGCUCACUUCAGACUUUAUCAAAAACUGGCCCUAAGAGCAAAGUCUGAAAAACCUCCAAAACCUGGACUUUUAGAUUGAGCAUCAAGUUUCAUCUGUUCUGUUGAUCAUUUCUAUAAUUUGUGGUCCUAUAACAGUUUUCAGGUUUUGAUUGAUCCCUGUGUCGUGACAGAAACUAUCACAGAUUUUUAUCCUAAAAUGUUUUUAAUUGAAACUGAAAACAAUAAAAGUUGUUGUAGCUGUUGCAGAAAGGUGUGUUUCUGUUUUCAUAUUAUAACAGAAAAAGUUUAUGUUACAAUGUGUACAAUUUGAUGGUGAGUUACUGAUAACUACUGGUGAAAAUUGUGUAUUGGAUUAGAUACUAAGCACGCAGCAGCCACAUGACCAAUUAAGAAUAUACUGUAUGUAAUGUCAGAGUAUACUGGCAUUUUCAUUUGCAUGUAAUUAAAGUUUGAAGAUAAUUUGAUGCUGAGCAAUUCUUGUUUCUGUGUUUCAUUUGGUUUUUCACGGUGUUUGCUGUUGAAGAGAAGAAAAUAAAUUAAGUCAUUCAUCAGUUGGAGUGUGGCUUUUCUGUACCAGAAGAAAACCUUUGGGAGCUGUUAUAGGCUUCACUUUCAUCAUAGCUCUGACUUUAUUUGGUGUUUUUUUGAAACAGGAGGUCGAGUUCAUGAAGACUGCACACAGUCCAGAAGUACUCAAUGUCUGCCCUGCACUGAGGGAACUUUUAUGGACAAACCAACAGACAGUUCUCAGUGCCACAGCUGUAACCGCUGUGAUUCAGGUACAUUACUGACACUAUACAAUUUGAUUCUGUAUCGACUUAUAAAUGAUCUAGAAAUAUGAACCUUUGGUGAGUCUCCAAUAACCUGAUCAGACCUUAAACACAGAGGAGACUUCAGCAGAUCAUCAUGAGUCUCUUUGAACACAAAGAAAAGUCUUUGUACAUCCAGCUGAAGCUGAGUGGGUCCAUGAAUAACUUCUGUUUGCAUUAACAGGUUCUGGACUACAGACUAAGAGAUCAUGUACGAUAGUAUCAGACACAGUCUGUGAACCUCUGGAGGGAUUUUACUGUACGAGGUCUGAAAAGGACAGCUGUGAAGCUGCACAGAAACACAAAACCUGCAAACCAGGAGAAUACAUCAGUCAGAACGGUUGGUUAUUAACAUGAACAUGGUUUCUGCAGAUUCACAGUGAUCUAGAUCAUGUUGAGACUGUCUGUGUCCUCCUGCAGCUCUGUACUCUGACAGAAAGAAAAUACACAAACUUUCCACAAAGAGCUUUUUUUCUGUUUGCUGAUCUGUAAAACUUUGAACAGUGUUUAAUAAAUCUGAGUGAAUCAUAGCUGUAGUGAGUUUGUAACACCUGAACAGGAUGGUGGAAGUGUGACUGAAACAGGAGAAGUUGAUCAGUCAGUGUUCAGCAGAAAGUGAAAGAUCAGCUGAUGUUUUUCAGAUUCAUACAGACUUGACAGUCUAAUGUGUUUGUGCAGGAAGCUCUGUGUCAGACACUGUCUGCUCUCCCUGCUCUGAUGGAUCAUUUUCAGAUGGGACGUUUUCAUCUUGUCGUCCACACACACAGUGAGUGAAGCUUCACAUCAGACAUGGACACAACUGAAUUCUUCUUUCUGCAGCAGAGAAUUCAUCAGAUCCUCCAGAUGUUCCUCUAAGAAAUGUCCCUCUAUCAUUACAGAUGUGAAGACCUGGAUCGAGAGCUGCUGAGACCAGGAACUGAGUCAGCUGAUGCUCAGUGUGGAACACUCCGCUUAUAUCAGAUAGCACUGAUAUUUUUUGGUUUUUGUGUUGUUUUUGGUGUUUGUUAUGUCCAGUGUUGUGUUACUGAUGUUGCUGAUGCUUCAUGCAGUGUUUGUUUCACUGUUGUUGUUGGUUCUUUGCUUUGUCUCAUUUUUAUUUUCUCUUUCAGUUUUGCUGUUGGUACUAGUGCUUUUUUUGGUCACUUUGUUGUUUUUUAUGUAAUUUAUGUUGCAGUUUUUUGUUAUCAUAGAAAGAAAAAUACAGGAUUAUAAAUGUAAGAUUUUUCAUUCAGACUCACAAACCAAAGUGUCUGUUACAUCAUGAACUUCACUGAUUGAACUGUUUUUCUCUUUUUUCACAAUACAUGAAAUAGAAAAAACUCCAGCAGUUAUGCUUUUUAUCGUUAUUACUGUUUGUUUAUUAGACUGUGUAUAAAAUGGACAUUGACAACAAUAAUGAAACAAUCUCAUUGACAUAUCAAUGUUCCCCUCAAAGAUUUUGAGUAUAAAUAAACACCGUCUGAAGAGGAGCAGCAGGUCCGACAGUACUUCAUUUAAAAGUCCACUGACUGAGAUCAACUCUAUCAUGUUUUUACAAAUGUGCAAAAUGUUUCUGUUAUAAACUGAUCUUUAUUUUCUCAGGUGUGAUGAUGGUUAAUAUUGAACAGACUGAAUGUCCUCCAAGAUCUUGAUCUAGCUGUGAUCCAGUAUGUUAUUCCUUUAGCUUUGUGUUUGUUCCAAUAAAUGUGUUACAGCAUAAAGAUCUCUGUGUCGCAGUGAUUUUUUAUUUAUUUAUUUUUUUGUCUUUUAACAACACCACACUAAUAUUAACCAAUGACAUAUUUCUUGUCAGUCAUUUUCCCCUCUCAGAAAUAUCUCUCAGUGUCACCACUCUGACACCAGCCGUUGUUUUUGGACCUUUUAAAAACUUGUUCAUGUUUGUUUUUUUCCACUGUUGACUGAGUUUAGAUGAGAGGAUGGUCAAAGUUAAGGAAGAUAGUUUUGGAAAAAGGGUGGUUACCUUAUCACUUCAAAGAUUUCUCUUACGUCUAAUUUCCCAAACACAAUAAAAAAGAUGCCAACUGAUAUUAAGUCUCUGACUCCAAUCCCUUAAUUACCUCUCACCCUUUCCCAGCGUGGUUGUUGAUGGGAAGAAGAGAAGAUGAGGAUUCAGAAGAGUUCUUAGUUGAAGCUCUAUUUAUUAAUUACACAUGAGUCAAGAAAUAUGCAACAGAGAUCUCUGGGUUCAAAAUUUGCUCAUUCUACCGAACAGACAGCUUAGAGGUCUGAGCGCUUCAAAACCCCUAUGAACUUUCCCUCGAACACUUCAUAGUCGAGGAUCCGCCUAUCUAGACAAAGGGUUUCCUAUACUUGAUGUUGUCUUCACAUGGAGGCUGGUUCAUGUCUUUUCUUCACCUCUCACAUCGAUGGGUCCAGGUGUUUACCUAAUAAGGAGUUUUGUUUUGCAUUCAACACUCAUCUCUAACUCACACACAUUCAAUCAUACAGUUUGCUGUCGCUGGGCAGAUGUUUUAAGUAAGCUUAAAGGCAAGUAUCAUAGACAAAAAUAACGAUCACCCCCUUGAGAUCCAUAACCUUUCUUUUGAAGAAGUUCAAACCGCAGAGCAUCCUCUGCACACUUCCUUUUUAUAUGCCUGAGUACAAACUCCUCUAAAAAACAGCACACGAACAUCUUUAUUCAGUACAAGAUACCCUACUUACCAACGAUCAAGAAAAGCCAAAGCUAAAACCUUUAUACAAUGGAAACUGUUCUUUUCCUCCAUAUAGGGUGAUCUAUAUCAUCUUGGAGCUUUUAUCCUUCUACCAGAUAAGUGCUUUCGGAGAGUUGUCCACAGCGCCCCCCCAGGUGAAAAAAGAAGACAUUAUUCCAACACCUGGCAUUCAGAGAGAUAGACACUCAAACUGAAGAGGGAAAACUGAUCAUCACAGCAGAAAGUGACUCUCGACAUUUAAAAGGUCCAGAAAAAUAAAAUAUCUAGUCCACAGGAAAGAUGGAUCUGAGAGCACAGGGAGCAGAGAAAGAGUCAGGGUGACUCCAGACAGAAUCUGAGACUCUGGUUCACAGUCACAGUGCAACUAGUUUGUGUCAGUUUUUGAAGAGAGUUAAAAGUUUACAUAUUCAAGACUCACUUCACACUAAAAUAUUCAGAGUGUUUUUCUAUCUUCUUUUUAAUAACUAUGGCCUCAAACUCAGGAAAUGUAGAAAUAUCUUAAAUCAUCACAGUUCACUAAAUCAGUCCUUCACCUGGACCUGAGGAGGUGAGAGCGUACAGAGAGUUAUAUAGUAGAAUAGAGGAUCCUUCAUUGUAAACUCUUUGGAUCAGCCCUUUAUUUCCUGUAGUCUGAUGUGUUUCAUGAGUCCAUGAUCCAGACUGAGGACCUGCAGCUCAGCAGUUCAGCUCACACUCAUGUUUUAUAUGAACUCUGCAAAGAUAAUGUGCCAGAAUCCAGCAGGAUUAGAACUGGAUCCUGGAGGACAUUUACCUCACAGUGUACUCAGAAAAUGUCAACAUGCUCAUGAAUUGAUCAUCAAAACCUGAAGAGAGAGGAGAUCAAAUUUAAAGAGAAACUUUUUAUCCAUCAUUAUAGACACACAAGAGUUUAUCAGCCGUCUCACCUGCUCCUCCUCUUCAGCUCUGUGAGAAAUCUGUCUCAACAGAGGUCUUAUUUUGAACCCACAGCAUCAUUUUUUUUUUGAUCAUCUGCUGGUUUUCUUAAUUGAAAUAAAACUAAGAACACUGAUGCAUUUCAUCAUGAAAGUUUUAUUAAUUAAAAAAAAAAAUUAUUGGUGUUCACUCCUCAAUUGGACUGGAUAUUGUCCUGUGAUGGAUGAAAUAGAUCCAUGACCUAGAAACGAAACUGAAUACCAAUUGAGACAAAGAUAAACACAGAUUUAAAAAAUGCAAGGCUCCACGGGGACAUGAAAUCACGUGUCUUACCACAUCUCUGAUCAUAAAAGCUGGAUGAUAAGACUGGAGCAGGUGGUUCACCUAUUUAGGAGAAGCUGCACGUUUAAUUUCAGCGCUGUUUUAACUAAACACUUUUGCUGUUUUAGGGGAAGAGAUGAAAAUCCUUAAGAAAAGUUGAAGCUUCAAACAACAGUCAUGUUUUCUUUCCCCAGUCUGGAGAAAAAGUUUCUGUGUAAACUGGAAAAUAACUAAUAAAUAAACUUAAGUCAAAAUAUUCCUGCAUGAGCUCAUGCUGCUGAUAUUGAUGUGGAUACAGUCAGCACAAACUAAAGCACUGAUACAGUCAUUAAUAUGACAGUAUCAGUUUGUCUUUGCAACUCACCUGAGGGAAAAAGUUACCUUUUAACAGUUUCAACUGAUGGUUAAGCCAGUGUUCAAUACUUUAUUCAGACUCCAGUCUUUGGAAAGUUGUGUUUAAUAAACUCUUAUCUGUGGUAUUAGAUUCCUCUAAAAAUGUAAUGUAAUGUAAUGCAUUUCUUGAUAAAAAUUAGUUGAAAAUUUGCAUGUAUUCUUGUUUGGUAUCUGUAUGUAUAUAAUCUAUAAUGUGUUCCUAUUUAAAUUAUGUUAGUUAAUUCAUGCAGAUAUACUUCUGUACUCAUGAUUUGGACUUCUGUUUUUCAGAUCCUUCAUAAGAUCCUGUUCAUUUUAUUUUAUUUUAUGACUCCACGAUUACAGAGAAAGUAAAGUUUUUGUUUGACCUCAAUCCUCUAUCAGACAGAGAGACUGUCCAAAGAAACAAAGAUUGGAAACCUCCUUGACCUCCUUAAAAACUGGUUUAUAGUGACAGAGUUAUUAGACACAAACAUCAAACUCUCCUCUAUCAGCACAUAUCAUUGGUUCAUCACUGCAGUGAAAGGUUUUUAUGAUGUUAUGAUAAAAUCUCUCUCAUAAAAUCAAAGUCCAACUUUUUCACUCUAUAUCAACAACACCUCAGCCUCUUCGUUUCACUUUUGUAGCAGGUCUCUGUGUGAAAACUUUACACCAGGUUUAAAAUCCGAUUUUUUUGUCAAACUUUAUCAAAUCUCUGGUGACUGAAAUCAAACUGUUUUCUGAAUGAGUUUUUUUCCUUGGAUUUAACUGUCCUGUCAUCCUGUGAUCCCCUCGUCAACGUUGAGAAGAAGACCAGAUCAUAAUGUUUUAAGGAGUCAAAGUCCAACUUUUUCACUCCUGAUCAACAACACCUCAGACGUGUCCAUGUAGAUUCUCAUUCAUCCAGGUCAUGGUUAUCUUGAAGACUUAAAAACAGGCAACUGGACUGUGUAGAGUUAAGAAGACGUUUCGCCUCUUAUCCAAGAAGCUUCUUCAGUUCUAAAAGUGCUAGUGUCAGCAGCAGAUAUUUAUCUUACUGGAGAAGGGGGACAGUUAACGACUGGCUGGAGUUGAAAAGAAUGGGUCGUAGAAACCCAUCUCUCGGUGUGUCCCCCCCAAGUCGUUAUCCUGAAGGGGUCGUUAGCGACUCCUAUCAUGUGACCACAUGACUCAUGCCACCUGAGUCAUGUGGUUCCAGGUGUGAAUGUUUGUGGAGCUUUCUGGGGAGAGAGCUGAGAACGGCAUUGUAAGUGCCAGAGAGAUUGUGCCUGAGUCCACCCCCUCUGUUCAGAGAAGGUUUCUCCAGCCUGGUAAAGAUGGCUUCUUUAACUCCUCUUUCAAACCAUCUGUCUUCUCGAGCCAACACCUGUACAUUGCUGUCCUCAAAAGAGUGACCUGUAUCCUUCAAGUGAAGGUGGACAGCUGAGUCCUGACCUGAGGAAGUGGCUCUCCUGUGUUGAGCCAUGCGCUUGUGAAGCGGUUGUUUAGUUUCCCCAAUGUACAGGUCUGAGCAUUCCUCGCUGCACUAGACAGCAUAUACCACAUUACUCUGUUUAUGUCUCUGUGUUUUGUCCUUGGGAUGGACUAGCCUCUGCCUUAGUGUGUUACCAGGCUUGAAAUGAACAGGAAUGCGGUGUUUGCCAAAGAUCUUCUUGAGUUUCUCAGACAGGCCUGCAACGUAAGGGAUUACAGUGCUCUUGCGUCUCUCCUCCCUUUCCUGUUCAGUGUUAUUUCUCUUUCUGUUCUUUACAAAGGCCCACUUAGGGUAUCCACAGGUUGUCAGGGCAUUUUUGAUGUGCUUUUGUUCCUUUUCCUUACCUUCUUUCUUCGUGGGAAUGUUCUUGGCCCGGUGGUUGAGUGUUCUGAUGACACCCAGUUUGUGCUGCAGAGGAUGGUGGGAAUCAAAAAGUAGAUAUUGAUCCGUGUGUGUUGGUUUCCUGUACACUUCAACGUUGAGACACCCAUCUGCCUCCAAGUGUACAGCACAGUCCAAAAAGGCCAACACUUUGUCCUUGACAUCUUCACGGGUGAACUUGAUGUUGCUGUCCACUGUGUUGAUAUGGUCAGUGAAGGCCUCUACUUCAUGUGUUUUGAUCUUAACCCAGGUGUCAUCCACAUAUCUGAACCAGUGGCUAGGAGCAGCUCCCUUGAAAGAGGUUAGAGCCUUCCUCUCUACCUCUUCCAUGUACAGGUUUGUCACUAUAGGAGAAACCGGGGAGCCCAUCGCGCAUCCGUGUUUCUGUCUGUAAUGGCGCUCUCUGAACUGGAAAUAGGUGGUGCUGAGGCAGAUGUCCAAUAAGGAGCAGAUGUGGUCCGGAGUUAAGUUGGUUCUGACUUCCAGUGUGCUGUCCUGUGAGAGGCGUUGUCUUACUACUUGGACUGCCUCUGUUGUUGGAAUACUUGUGAAAAGUGAUGUGACAUCAUAGGAAACCAUGGUUUCAUCUGGGUCCAACCUGUCUACACAGUCCAGUUGCCUGUUUUUAAGUCUUCAAGACCUCAGACGUGAUGUUUCACUUUUGUAGCAGGUCUCUGUGUAAAAACUUUACACCAAGUUUAAAAUCCCAUUCUUUGUAAAACUUUAAACUGACAUAAACUGAUGGUUCAGUCAGAGUUUUCUGCUUUUAUUAGACUUCUGUCUUUAGAAAAUUGUGUUGAAUAAACUCAUCUGUGGUGUUAGAUUCCUCUGGAAAAUAAAAGAAGCAUUUAUUGAUAUAACUGGUUGUAAAUUUGCAUGUAUUCUUGUUUGGUCUCUAUAAUCUAUAAUGUGUUCUUAUUUAAAUGAUGUGAGUUAAUUCAUGCAGAUACACAUCUGUACUAUUGAUUUGGAUUAUUGGAACUACAGUUCCUUAUUAAGAUCCUGUUUAUUUGAUUUUUUUUUUUUAUUGAUAUGACUCCAUGAUUACAGGGAAGAAAGUGUUUUUGUUUGACCUCAAUCCUCCAUCAGACAGAGACACUGUCCACUACCAGAAACAGAGAUAAGAAGCCUCUGUGACCUGUUUAUAAAUGGGUUUAUAGUGACAGAGUUAUCAGACACACAUCACAAACUCUCCUCUGUCCUCACGUUUCAUUGGUCUAUCAUUAUAAUCAUGUGUUUUUUUCAUGAUGUUGUGAUAAAAUCUUAUUUAUAAUGUUGUAAAUAGUCAAAGUCCAACUUUCUUACUCCUUAUAUACAACACUUCAGCCUCUUCAUUUCACUUUUGUCAAACUUUAUCAAAUCCCUGGUGACUGAAAUCAAACUGUUUUCUGAGUGAGUAAAGAGUUUAAAAACUCUUUUUUCUUUUUCCUUGGAUUUAACUCUCCUUUCAUCCUGUGAUCCUCUCAUCGACGUUGAGAAGAAGACCAGGUCACUGGUAAGAUGACUGAUUAUAACAACAAAGUUUCAGUUUGCUCUGCAGAAAUUCAGACAUCCUGUUUCUCUUCUGGUCCGUGUAUGUGCAUGUAUGUUAGUGUCUGAGGAGUGAGAGGAGGUUUGGCUGCUCUCUGAUCCAGCUGUCUCUUUGUUAAAGUCAAAGUGUGUUAGACGGUGAAGUGCUGACUUUAUCAACUCCACAUUGGACCUCUUUAAAAGGACUCAAAGUAAAGAGGUUUUUGUGAUCCUGCUUAAACUCUUGGACCUGAUCUGAUGUCUGUGGUGGUUGUUUUUUUUCAUCAGAGUUAUUCUUCCUUUGUUAGAUUUAAUUAAUAUACAGAGUAGUUUUGUGUAACCUCUGCAUGGAUAUUUGCUCUUUUUUCUCUCCAGAUGAAGUUGUCAGUUUGAUCUCAGUGAGAUUUCAUCUUCAUCCAGAGGAAACUGUGAACCUGCACAUUAAAGAUGAGAGUCAAACCUGGAUCAGCUGCAGCAGUGCUGGUAAAAUAUCUUCUUACAGAAAUCUUUAAAUAUCUUUGCAACAGUUUGGACAUCAAACUUCGUGAGAUCUUCACUGAGACCUAAACCUGUGUCCCUGUCUCCUCAGAUACUCCUGCUUGAAGGUCCUCUGUGGUCAGACUCUCCCAUGUGGUCCGAGACAGUAUCAGGUUGGAUCCAGAUGCUGUCCUAUGUGUCCACCAGGUGAGAUCUACCUGAUCAGUUAAAGGGGAAGUUAAAUUCAGGGUUAAACUGACAGAGGAAAUGUUUCAGUCUUUGAGCUCAUCUUGGAAAGUCUUCUUUGAGUCCUCAUCAUGAACAACAACAAACCUGGACUUUUAGAUUCAGCAUCAAGUUUAAUCUGUUCUGUUCUUGAUUUCUAAAAUGUGUGGUCCUGCAAAAGUUUUCAGGUUUUUAUUGAUCCCUGUGUCAGGACAGAAACUAUCACAGAUUUUUAUCCUUAAAGGUUUUUAAUUGAUGCUGAAAACACUGAAAUUCUGCCAAAGUCAUUGUAGCUGUCGCAGAAAGAUGUUGGCAUUUUCAUUUUCUUUCAGUUUGAGGAUUAUUUAAUGCUUAGCAAUUUUUGUUUCUGUGUGUUUUAUUUGGUUUUCCAGUGUUUGCCACUGAAAAGAAGAAAAUAAAUAACUGUCAUACAUCAGUUGGAGUGGGACUUUUCUGUCCCAGAAGAAAACCUUUGGGAGCUGUUAUAGUUUCACUUUCACCAUUGCCCUGACUUUAUUUCUUUUUGUUUGGUUGUGUUUUUUUUUUUAUAAACAGGAGGUCGAGUUCAUCAUUACUGCACAGAGUCCAGAAGAACUCUCUGUCUGCCCUGCACUGAGGGAACUUUUAUGGACAAACCAACAUACUUUACUCGGUGCUACAGCUGUAACCCCUGUGAUUCAGGUACAUUAGUCAUAUUAUUUUUAUCUGUAUCGAUUCAUAGCUGAUCUAAAAAUAUGAACCUUUGGUGAGUUAGUUUAAGUUCCAGUAACCUGAUCAGACCUUAAACACAGAGGAGACUUCAGCAGAUCAUCAUGAGUCUCUUUGAACACAAAGAAAAGUCUUUUUUCAUCCAGCUGAAGCUGAGUGGGUCCAUGAAUAACUUCUGUUUGCAUUAACAGGUUCUGGACUGCAGACUAAGACAUCAUGUACAAACACAUCAGACACAGACUGUGAACCUCUGGAUGGAUUUUACUGUACGAGGUCUGAAAAGGACAGCUGUGAAGCUGCACAGAGACACAAAACCUGCAGACCAGGAGAAUACAUCAGUCAGAACGGUUGGUUAUUAACAUGAACAUGGUCUCUGCAGAUUCACAGUGAUCUAGAUCAUGUUGAGACUGUCUGUCUAACUGUGUUCUUCCUGCAGCUCUGUACUCUGACAGAAAGAAAAUACACAAACUUUCCACAAAGAACUUUUUUUCACUUUGCUGAACUGUAAACUGUAAACACUUUGAACAGUGUUUAAUAAAUCUGAGUGAAUCAUAGCUGUAGUGAGUUUGUAACACCUGAACAGGAUGGUGGAAGUGUGACUGAAACAGGAGAAGUUGAACAGUCAGUGUUCAGCAGAAAGUGAAAGAUCAGCUGAUGUUUUUCAGAUUCAUACAGACUUGACAGUCUAAUGUGUUUGUGCAGGAACCUCUGUGUCAGACACUGUCUGCUCUCCCUGCUCUAAUGGAUCAUUUUCAGACGGGACGUUUUCAUCUUGUCGUCCACACACACAGUGAGUGAAGCUUCACAUCAGACAUGGACACACCUGAAUUCUUCUUCCAGCAGCAGAGAAUUCAUCAGAUCCUCCAGAUGUUCCUCUAAGAAAUGUUUCUCUGUCAUUACAGAUGUGAAAAUCAGGUUCGAGAGCUGCUGAGACGAGGAACUGAGUCAGCUGAUGCUGAGUGUGGAAGACUAAAACUCUAUGCAGUGAUAGGACUGACAAUUUUCAGUAUUGCUGUUGUUGUUGGUGUUGGUGUUGGUGGUAAAGUUGGUGUUGGUGUUGGUGUUGGUGUUAGCAAUUGUAUUAAUGAUCGUUUUGGGGUUGGUAUUAUUGUUGGUGUUGUUGUUGGAUUUGCUGUCUGAGCUGUUGUUGCUUUUGUUUAUUUUUUUGGUGUUUUUGCUUUUUUUUGGGGUGCUGCUGCUGGAUAUCAUAUUGGAGUUAAUGUUUCUUCCGCUUUUGGUGGUGGUGUUGUUGGUGGUAUAGUUGGUUUUGCUGCUGUUGUUGCUUUUUGGUGUUUUUGUUAUUGGUUAUGGGAAUGUAUCCGUCGUUGCCUUUGCUGCUGCUGUAUAUCAGAGGUAAGAUUUUUCAUUCAGACUCACAAACUUGUUCACAUUUUAAACAGAUAAUAAAGAGUCUGUUACAUCAUGAACUUCACUGAUUGAACUGUUUUCCUCUUUUUUCCCAAUACAUAAAAUGAAAAAUAAAAAACUCCAACAGGUAUGUUUUUUAUUGUUAUUACUGUUUGUUUACGAGACUGUUUAUGAAAUGGAGAGUGACAACAAUCAUGAAACAAUCUCAUUGACAUAUUGAUAUUCUCCUCAAGGACAUGUCUGCACAGGAAAACGUCAUCUGAAGAGGAGCAGCAGGUCAGACAGUUCUUCAUUUAAAAGUCCACUGUCUGAGAGCAACUCUAUCAUGUUUUUACAAAUGUGCACAAUGUUUCUGUUUAAAACUGAUCUUUAUUUCCUCAGGUGUGAUGAUGGUUAAAAUUGGACAGACCUGAACUACCCCCAGGACUCAGAUGCAGCUGCGAUCCAGUUGAUUUAAAAAAAAAAAAAACAGUCCCAAAAUGAUCAAACUCAGUCUGGAUCAUGCCCCUUGUGAUCUAUAAUGUCUCUGCAUGGAUACUGAAGUCAGCCUUGAACAAAAACAGUGAACUGCAGCAGGUAUCUGAGUGAGCUCUCAGCUGGAUGUGAACUCAAAUCUGUUACCUACUGGAACAAAGAGUUGGAUCAGGGGACACAUUUCUGGAUUUGUAACCUAUUGCUUGCUUUAACAGUAUGAGCUGUUGUUUGUUUUUCAGAAUAUUGAAUGAAAUUAAUGCGCUUACUGAAUUUGUUACUGAAUGCAGUGAGGAUGUUUUUCUUUUAACUUCUCAGUUUACAUCUAUAAAUAUUCUGUGUGAACGUAUUCUCAGUUUUUUAUUUCUCCAAACAAUCAAUCUUACAAAAUAAAACAAAAUGACGAUAAAUUUUAAUGAAAUAGGUCACAUUAUUUUCAUCAGGGCAUGUUCAUAUUUUCAGGGGAUUGACUGCUAAAACUAAAAUUUACAUCUUUAUCAGUUUCAAAUCUUUUUUUACAGUGCAGUGUAUAACUAUAAUCAAUCAGAGAGAAAAGUUGUCUCUACAGGGUUUAUUCUUGGCACCAACCAUAAAGCAAGAUUUAUUCCUAAAAUCAAACCUGACCUUUACCUUGAGUUUUUUUUAAUUGUAUUAGUAGUAGAAACAUUAAAUAAGAGUUUGUUGCUCAUCCAAAUGCCUGUGUCAUGAUAUGUUCUGUUGAUUUAGUUUUUCCCUGGUUUUGUGAUUUGAGUGUAUUUUCUUUGUGUUUUUCCCAAGUGUUCCUGUUCCCCUGUAGUCCUGUCUUGUGAGUUUUUAGUCUUCAUUUGACCCUGGUUCCCUCAUGUUCUCAGUAUUUUAUUCUCUAUAUCAUUUUUCAGUGUUUCCUGUUGUAUUUCGUAGUAGUUUAUUCCCUGUGUUUCUAGUCUUUUUCUCCUCCCUUAGUUUCACAGUACACCUGUGUCUUAGUGUCUCACCUGCCUCUCAUUGCUCAUUUCCCUAUGUGUAUAUAUAGUCCUUGUCUUCCCCUGUUUCUUUUUUGGUUCAUUGUGUGUUGUUGGCUAAUGUCUUUGUGUUUAUCCCAGUGUCUCAUUGUGAUUUUUUUCCUCCUAGUGUCUUUUGUUGGAUUUUGUUUUUUUGUUUGUUUUGGAUUUUGCCUCUUGUGUUUUUUGCCUUUGGAAAUUUUUUUGUUGGACAUUUAAAGUAAGUUUUUGUUGCUUUGUAUUUAGUUUAUUUUGAAUAAAUCAUUUCUGUCCUACAUUUGGGCUCUUUCCUUUUUGUUUACCCAAAACCAUGACAGCCUGUGUACAGGUCACAUUUUCAGUGGGUUUCUCUUCAGAUGUAAAAAUGUCAAAUUCAUCUGGUUGUUGUUUCUGACUUUAGAGAAGACCAAAAACUUUUGUGCCUAGAUUUAAACUUAGCAGAGCCGUUUGUAAAGUGUGAAACUCUGUAUUAAGAUCCUGCACUGCUUUUGUAACAGAGAGAGCAUGGAAUUAUCAUCAGCAUGUCCUUUAAGGUCUUUUAAGCAAGAAAGAAAUUGGUGAGUGAAAAUCUUAUGAACAAAAUUAUUUAAAAAAAUAUUUUUAUGGUCUGACCUACUAGGUCACCUAAGAAUAAAUGAUCUAAGCUUGGAGCUGGGAAGAUUCAAACAGUAGGAUUAAGGAUCACCUGGCCAGCUGUUGUCUGGGACUUGAUGGUGAAGGACAGCAGAAUCACUGUCUUACUGUCUUUAUAGGGAUCCUUAUUAAUAACCACAAACCUUUUUAAACUUUUGAUUGUUCGAUCCAAGGUGGACAUCUUUUUGAAUAUCUAGAUCAAAUCUACAUGUUGCUUUUUCCAGAGGUUUAUGCAGCCUGUGUCUGUAGGUUACAUAUUAAUUGGCUCUCUGCACAAAUCUACUGCUAAACUCCAGGAGCAGAAUGGUAAGACUGUGAGAAAAUAACGUAAAACCAUUAGCUUAUCAACAACACCGAGUAUCUUAUAGAAGAAACCAGUUUUCAGUAGAAUGCAGCUCACCACUUUAUACUCUGACCUCCAUGAUAAACUUGUAUUUCUGUGUGAACAUUUCAACAGAAAUGUGUAAACCUCUAAUGAUCUUUAUAUAAAGACCAGAUGAGCUUACCAAGCUAGGUAAAGGUGUGUAAAUGAUUCAGACACCUUAUACCGAGAAUUACAGAUUAACAUGUGGAGAUUUUGAAUAAAUGAUGGUGUCCUGUUUAUUAAUACUGCAAGAACAUUUCUACUUUUGUUUUAUUUUGAAGGUCUACGCUGCCACCAUCUUUGUUUAUCCGGUCUUGGCCAGUGUCAGGAGUUGGAGAAGUCACCACCGAGGCUCGUUUAAAAGAAACAACAAUGCAAACUUUAUUGAAAUUAGAAAAAUAAAACAGACCUACUCCCACACACAAACUAUGAAUGCAAUAAACCUUAACCAAAAAUUGUAAAUUUACAAUCAAACCAUAGAUAACUUUUCAAAGAACUUAUCUCGCCCGGCUGACGACGAGACCUCAAACAUAAAAAAAACACAAGUUUAAAUCCAUCAAUAAAAUGUUUGGUUGAGGGAUUGUCCUGACAGAGUUUGUAGAGUAACUUCACCUUUAGUAACAGUCUUACUUUACUUUCAUCUAUCCCCUUUUUUCUACAAGCUUCCUCUUGGUUUAUAGAUUUAACAUUAUAUCAAAGUAUCUGCAGAGGUAAUCGUCACCACUACACGGAUUUCCCACAAGAGUCAGUAGAAUCCGGGUGGGUGGUGGCCUGUAAUGCUGCUGGUUUCGAUCCUGGAAGCUUUUAUUUUGAAAGGCUGAAAGGGAAACUGGCUACAGUAGCGGCUCCAAACAAACUCAUGUCUGACUGUCUAAAGUUUCGGAAUUAAAUCCCAAAAAGACGUCGUCUUCGUUUGAUACCACCAAAGUGAGGAAGAAGUAAACUACAGCAGGAGAUACAAAGGAGAAAAAUAAGGAGGAGGAGAAAGAGGAGAAGGAGGAGGACGAGUGCUCGGCCCAGACUCCUGCUGUACCGUCAGCCGCCCUUUAAAUCUCCCAAAGGUACGGAACUGUUCAUUUCUCUAUCUGUGUUUUGUUUAACAGAGAUACGGUCAAAGUUUAAAGAUGUUAAUGUAAAGUUUACAUUAACCGGCGAGUUGUAUACCAUAGUAUGGUGGUUUUGUGUCAACUCGCCGGUCUAUUUUAAAUGAAAUUCUUAUAUUCAGGGUGGAGUCCCCCUCAAGACACGAAAAAUCCUUGGUAGGCUGCGCAAUAAUCAAACUGGGAUAACUCUGGAUGCUUUAGGAACACCUCUUUCUCAGAAAGGUGAAAUAUUCGGUCUUUAUCAAGAUGAGCCCAGUAUAGGCCUACACUACAGAGGCUCCUCUUAGAAAGUGCACACAUUUUAUUUAUUUAUUUAUUCAUUCAUCUUGAGAUUUCUGGGUGUUAUAAGUUUUUGUGUUACAUGUUGGCUCAAUUAAUAGUUGAUAAUAACUUAUCGACUUGUUAAAUAAUAGUUAUUCGACGUCCAACAGCGAAGAUGAGUUUCAGUUUUGGUUUGCUGAGAGUCAACAAACUUUAAAACGGAACUCGUGUUGCAUCGCAGAGGGCGCGGCCUAAACAAGCAGCAGGGGCGUACUAAGGCUGUUUGAGGGGCAUGGGGCAAAAAUGUUAAAAAGGGCACCAGCACUCAUAUGUUCUGCUUAGUGAAGAUCGAUAUCUAACUGUACAGUGGCCGAGAACUGCCACUGCUGCAAAUAAAAAAGAGUGCUAAAAAGAAGAAGCUACAAUGGAAGUUACCGAUGGGGGAAAAAAAAAGCCCGCUGCAAAUAAGAAAAGAAACAGUGCAGAUUUAUUUAAAAAGCGACAGUGGAAGUUAACUACGCAGUAAAAAGUGGUGAUGCAAAAAAAAAAAAAAAAAGAAGAAGAGGAAGAAGUUACUUACUGCGAAGAUAAAAGGAUGCAAAAAAUAUAUAUUAUAAAGCCACAACGGAAGUGAGCUGCCGGGGACUAAUAAUAAAAAAAGAGAGGGGUCUGCGUACUUAUUCUCCUCUCGUCGGUGGUCUUUCGGGCCAUAGUGGGUUUACCGCGUUAGUCGAAGCUAACGCUACACAGGGAUCCUCCAGUUCAACUUCAUAUUGACUCAGGCGCAAAAUGGCCUAACCAAAUGACACACUGAAAAACACAAGAAGCGAAAUUAAACAAUAAUCUGUCCAUCAUUUUCUUUGCUCGUCUUCUCGCCGUUGUCUUCUGUAAAACACCGGUGCAUCACCUUUAUUGGUCCCCAGCAGCUCACUUCUGUUGUGGCUUUUUUUCAUUUGCAUCCUUUUAUUUUCACAGCAAGUAACUGUUUUUUUUUUUUCUUCUUGUUUUUUUGCAUUCUUUUUUAUUUGCAGCAGUGGCGGUUCUCAGCCACCAUAUAACUGCAUUUUAAAGACUAUUUUGAAAUGAAAAGCUCCACAAAUUUAGGGAAUUUUUUUAUUUUCAGAAAAUUCUGAGCUAACUCUGAGCGAAAUUUUUUAAAAAUCCCACAAAUUUUUUCAUCUAGGCUUAAUUACUAAAGGGGCAUUUAUCACAUUUGAUGUUACUGUUUGUAACAGAAUGGAGGAGGAAUACACUUCAUUACUUUAUUCUGGUCUGUCAAAAUGGGAAAAAAAAGUAUAGCUCUUCAUAAAUAAGUUGAUCUUGGACUUAAAAUUACAUCCUAGUUAUCACAUAAACACUGACAGAGAGAUGCCUCCUUCAUAGAAAUAUCUUGAAGUAAGAUUAAGUGUUUUAAACUGAACAAAGUUUGAAUGACCAGCCUUAAGAUUGUCUCUAAUAGAGGAAAUCUUUAUAAUGUUAGUUUGUAUGAUCUGUAUCUGUGUGUUUGUUUCCAGAUGUUGUUGCUCUCAUCACUUUCUGCGAUGACGUGACAUCUUCAGACCAAAACUGUGAUCCUAUUGGAUGAAAUGAUGUUUAGGGGAAGCCCUUGGUCAGCUGUGUCACUGCUGGUAAAGUAUUUUUUACAGAAAUCCAGAAAUCGUUCCUUCUGCACAACUCCAGUUUUUGUUUUAAACAUCUCAGUUCAAAGAGCAGAAUGAUUGCUAUCUGAGUCCUCCACAUGGAUGAAUUUGUUCUCACUGGAACAAACAUUUUUUCUUACAGAUACUCACAGUGACUGUCCACAGAGGUGAAGCCAUCAGAUGCCAUCCAUCAGAUUAUCCAGUCGGACACAUUUGCUGUCCUAAGUGUCCAUCAGGCAAGAACCACUGAGUAUAAUAUUAAAGUAUUUGUAGUCUGAUGUUGAUUUUUAAAAAUAUUUCAUAUCUACCACAUCUCCUCCUUUCAACCCCGUUGUCUGAUUUUACCAGUGCCAUAUGGAUUAUCAUUGAUUCCUGCUUUCCUCUCCUCCCUGGGGUUCUUUGCUGCUGCUCUCCUUGCCUCCACUUCAGCUCUUUUUACGCAGUGUUUGGUUGCUCUAGUGUCAAAUGGAUUGUCACUGAUGCCUGCUUUGUUCUGUCCCCCCAUCUGCUGCUCAGCCUGCUUUGCAUAUGAAACAGAGAGGAGGUGUGCUCUACCUGCCACUGGCGUUCUACACAUGCACAUGUAUGGGCAGAGAGCACUAGAAAAAGAGCCAUACCACCAAGUGUACCCUACUGCAUAAAACUAACACUAAUAUCUUUGCCACAGUGUCAACAGGCAGAGGGGAAACGUCCUGGACUCUUUGUACUGAAAAGUUGAAAAGAUGGAGAUGAGAAGCUAAUUAAAGCAGAUACUGAUGAACAGAUACUGUGACUAUCCUGUUCUAACUUGUUUUAUUUCUCUCCGUACAGGAAGUCGAAUUGCAGUACACUGCACAGAGUCCUACAGUACCCGCUGUCUGCCCUGCACUAAGGGAACCUUUAUGAACCAGGAGACUGAUCUCACAGAGUGUUUCACCUGUAGAAAGUGUGACGCAGGUAAACCUCUAAGAAUAUCUAAGAACAUCUUGGAAAACGGACUGAAACCAAAACAGGGCUGUCUCGAUUUUAAAUGUUGAGCUGUCCAGAGUUCUUUAGAUGUCCGUGUUCUCAAAUCAAGCUAGUGUUCAGACUUAAGACAGACUGAUUUUUUUAUUAUUAUUCUGAGUUUCACAUCAUGUCCUGCCUUCUUAGGCUCCCUCUCACUCUCUGUUAUUCACAAAAGUGAUUCACCCUGUGAGGGAGACAUGUCUUCAGCAGUUCUGGAUUAUGUUAUUGGUAAGCUGUCCUGGUAUUUCCACAAAUUUCAGGACACACUUUUUCCUGUGUUUCACAGAUUCUGGUCUGAGGAUAAAAACUCCAUGCACAGAGAGAUCAGAUGCAGUCUGUGAACCUCUGGAGGGAUUUUUCUGCAUAGAGUCUGCAGGGGAAGGAUGUUCAGCAGCAAAGAGACACACUAGAUGCAAACCAGGACAACACAUCAGUCAGAACGGUUGGUUUCAAAAGCUGGUUAAAGUUUAUUGGUGAAGUUUGAAUGAAAAACUUUUCCUUCUAGAAAGCCAAAAAAUCAAAAUGAAAUAAAACAGAUGCUUUAACUGCUAUAAUUAAUUUCUAAGAGUCUGCUUUUCAGAUUUUGACGGUCAGAGAGCAAUUUGAAAAGUCAUUAAAUGAAAACUAACCCUCCCGUCUGUGUUUGUGCAGGAAGCUCUGUGUCAGACACUGUGUGCGCUCCCUGCUCUUAUGGAUCAUUUUCAGACGGGACGUUUCCAUCUUGUCGUUCACACACACAGUGAGUGAAGCUUUGUUUAUGUAAAUGAGACAAUGUACAGUUCACACUGUGGUGCGACAGAAAGACUGCAAAAUAUAAAACUAUAAAAUCUAUAAAAACCUCCCUUAAAAACAUCCCUUUACAAUCACUUGAUACUCUGAGUGAGGUCAACAGUGCCAGGAUUUCACAAAAAACAGGUCUAAAGAGCCUGGCCCUCUUGGUGCUGAACUUUCCUAAUAUUUAGAGGUCACAUUCAUGAGACAGUAAGGUGGCUUUGAGUGUCAGCGCUCACACUCACAAGGAAAGUUUUUUUUUUUUCCUGAAAUGCUGGAAUUAAGUGUUUAAUGGGACUCAAUCCAGCCCUCUGCUCCUUCGAUUAGCAUCCAGACGAUGUUCUGCUCAACUGGAUUCACUUUACACAGUGCAUGUUGGACUAUUUAAACAGGGCCCUCAGUAUUUCAAUGUGUGAUUAGUGUCCAUAUGAUGCUGUCAUACAUUUCCGAGUGACGGGGGAAGGGUUACAGUCUAAGAUCCUGAUUGCCCAAGGUAAAAACUGUUCUGCAUCAUGCUGGAUUUUGCAGAAAUGAUCUGAAACCAUUUACCUGAUGGCUGCAGUGGCAACAGUGAGACGGGUGGUAGGGCCCCUUGGUGAUGCUGGAGGCCCCCGUAUGCACAACGCUGAUGGUAUGUCUCCAGGAGUGAGGGGAGAGGGGCAUCAAGGAUUCUUCUGGCCACCUCCAUAAUCCUCUUGAGCUGAUGUUUUUCCUUUGCUUUGCAGUGAGCGGGACAGAGAGAGGUGGAGUGUUUUGAGUAUUGCAUGUUUUGAGGUUUGAUUUGCUUUUUAUGUAAACUGCAGGGGAUCUAGGUCCUACUGAUGACAAAUCACACAAAACCCUUCAUAUCUACAGGAGUGAGGACCACAGACCAGCAGAGAAUUCAUCAGAUGUUCCUGUAAUAAAUGCCCCUCUAUCAUUACAGAUGUGAAUCAAAGAGUCUUCAGCAGCUGGUACAAGGAACUGAAUCAUCUGAUGCUCAGUGUGGAGAAAGAGAUCCAGAUUGGACCGGGGUGAUAGUCUGUGGAUUGGUUUUCUGGAUUUGCUAUUUGGUGAUUCCUCUGGUUUUUUGUUUCACAUUUGUCGGUAAUGAGGUUCCCAAAUAUAAACGUAGCUGA